CUGACUAACGCACCUUAGCAUUCUGGCUCUCCUGGCUAUGCACCUGCAACCUCGCCUUGCAGUUCUCCUCCUCUUCUUCCUCCUCCUCCUCCUCCCCCUGACUCUGUCCUCCUCCCAGGCGGUCGGACAGCGGUAGUGCGCACUGAGCUGCAGGAGUGCGCAAGGCGGCCGGCAUGCACCUGGAGAGAAACCGCCCCGCCAAGCCGACCAAAGGCUCAGCUGGAGACACAGCGGCAUGCAGGGCGAUGCUCUAACAGCAGGGAGAAAGCAGCAGAGCACCGGGCGGACACGGAGCUGCAGCAUGGGCGUGGGAGAGAGGCGCAGCCUGAACGAGAGCGAUGUGAUUCUACUGGCAUAAGGAGGGUGGGUGGGGGGAACCCGAGUCGUGCUGGAUCAGAGUGUCCCGGGUGUAUUAGGAGGGCUUGGUUUGGUGUCUUGUUCUCUGAAAUUCAGCAUAUAUAGUACUUUUUUCUGUCGUCUCCACGGGAGUUGAAAGGAUGGAGAAAAGCGCGCAGCAGCAGCUCCCCAAAAGCGCAGAGGGUCCGGUGGAAGACAUCUCCAAAAUAAACGACGAGGAGCUGCUGAAGUGGGGCAAAGACGAGCUGGUGCGGCGCCUGCGGAGGGCAGAGGCGGAGAAGAGGGGCGCCAUCGUGGAGCACGGAAAUCUGAUGCGGGAGGUGAACCGGAGGCUCCAGCAGCAUCUGAACGAGAUCCGGAGUUUGAAGGUGAGAUGGGUGGGGGACCCCGGAAGCUAGAUUGGACAAGGUUCCCAGGUGUUUUACGGUGUGUCCAGGUUAGACUGACUUUCUGAUUCAGACCUGUGCAGGAUCUGAGAGAGAGGGAAGCUGUACUAGAGAUAGCCUAUCACCAGAGAGGACAGAGGGGAUACCAAAAUAAAGGUCACAACUCAUUAAACCUGUUGCACAGGACAGAAUAGAGAACAAUGGACAUCACAGAACGAGUUUUAAAACACUCACUGGACAAAAAGUGACUUGGAUGAAGAGCCUUUCUCCCAGAUACAUAGGAAAAUGUAAAAUCAUCAGUUUUUUUCUUCCAUGAAUAGGGGACAUUGAGGACGUUUCUGCAUCUUCACAAUUUUUUAAAUCAAAUCAAGUCUCUGUGAUGAGCAUUCAUGCCAUUUGAUAAGAACAAAAUGGAAAAUUUUUUGAACAAUAAUGUGUGGAAUAAGAAAUUUAGAGGACAUUGUCAAAAAAAACAGCAGUUAAAAAUAGCUGUUAUACUAUUAAAAGCAUGUUUAAAAACAGGCUUCAAAGAGUGUGUGAUAAAAGCUGCAACUUAAUCUUGUUUUAAGUGUCCCCCUUUUACAAAUGAUCACUGGUGAAGCCAUAUGGUUGGCCUGAAUGGAUAAAUUGACUGUGCUAAAAAAAUCACAGUCAUCCAAACAGUCUGGUAUUGAAUAACAAGUCAGUAAACAGGGUUGUGAUUAGGGAUGCACUGAUCCGAUGUUUGAUAUUGGUACCGAUCCCGAUACUGAAGAAAAUUCUAGAUUGCUUAUCAUGACAAUGGGCCUGAUGCAAAGGGGACGAUCUAUUCAGUCUAACUAUAUGCUACGCGCCGUGAGUGGCAUCCACAAGUAAACACGCUGAGCGGAUGCCCACAUUGUUUUCAAAAUAGAGUGAGCAAAGUUGUCUGCUAUCUUGAACCUGCGCAGUAAACGUUCUGAGGGGCAGUGGUAAAACUUGAGGUUAUGACAAAAGGUAAUUCAGCGCGGCUUUUCUGUAUCAGAAUUGGAUCAUAUCGGCCGAUACUAAACUGUAGAUAUCUGUAUCAGUAUCAGAGGUGAAAAAGCGAAUUUGGUGCAUCCCUAGUUGUGAUAGUAUAUGUAAAUAUAAUUUUAAAUUUACAUCUGAUAUUACUAAUGAGAGGACACAGCUGUGUAAUAACUGACAGACAAGGUUGAGAUGGACAUCUUUAGUUACACAACAAUACACUAAGGGGGGGUGGGGGGUCAGCUAGCAGAGUGUGGAACAAAGGGGAUUUUAAUGAGACUUAAUGUAUCGAUACUAGCGGCUGAAAAUUCGAUACUUUCUGGAAAAAAAAAAUAUUGAUUUAUAUUGCAGAAUUGAUCAAAUUGCUCAGCCCUAGUAGAAAUGACAAUAUUUAGCACUGUCUAGUGGUCAAAACCUAGUUCAAAUGCUUCCUUGUUCACUCCUCCUGUCAGUGAAGGGACAUGGCCUUCUAGGAUAAGAAGCUGUAGAGAUGCAUGAGAAGUGUAAUCCUUCAUUUGCUGAGUUUUCACCAUCAAAAAUGUUUAUCAGUAUAGGUUACCCCAAACACAGCAGCCACUCUCCUUAUUCUUCCAACCAGUGGAUUUUAUUGAACCAAUCACUCCAUUCAAAAAAGUGGAUGUUUCUGGUCGGGCUGCUCGAUAAUAACAAAAAAGAUAUUUUUUUUUGAUUGGUAUUAAAUUUCUGAUUAUAAAAAUGAUUACCCAUGAUUUGACAUCUUCAUCACACUCAUUUAAGGAACUUAAAACAUUUUUAAAACCUGCCUCCCCCAGCCCCUCCUCCUGCUCUCCUCCAGAGGUAGUUUGUACCUCUAUUUCACAGUCCAUCAUCAAUCUUAGCAGAAGCCACAACUUCCUUGUGCUCCCAAAACUUUGUUUUACAUUGAUCCAAGUUGCUGAGGAAAGUGAGGGAUGUUAGCAAGGAGGAACUGCGUUGAAGGGAGAGAGGGCAGGUGCACUUCAUUCAGUUGGAUGUAGUCGGUAUGUUUAGUCUAGAUUAUCAUGUCUUUAUGAUCUCGGGGGCUGUAAUUGUUAUUUAAGUCAAUAUACGAUUUAUCGUCUGGCUCUACCAUUGACUACAAAAAGUUUGUCCAUUGUGUUUUUCUGUAGAACCAUGGUGGCAUCAAUGGAGAAGGACUCAUCGAUAUAAAAUGCCAAUUUUAAGUGAACAAAAACCAAACUGUUUUUAUAAUUAGCUGAUGUGAAUGUAAAACAGACUUAUAAGGAUGAUAUUCAAUUUCUACCCUGUUUGUUCUGCUGAAAACUGCUAAGUAUCACACUGUAAACUUUCAUUUUCUUUCCCAGCUAACGGGUGAAUCAUUUCUGAAUUGAAAAAGGCCCAUCACAGUUAUGAAGAGCCCCGUCUUGCACUUUAAAAAGCCUUUUUUUUGUGUUUGUUUUCUGCUUUCAGCCUAAAAAACAAGAGAGCUGGUGAAAAGCAACAAAUACUCAUAAUUUAGAAAACAGUGUUUAGCAUUUCUUGAUGAAAAAGGGAUUGAAAAUUUGUCAGAGUUGCUGCUUUUUCUACUCUCAUCCACUGAAGUGCAUCAUGGGAACAUUCUUUACACUCUUUAAUGCAGGAGUCUGCAUAUACAUAUGUAACCCCUCUGCAUGUGUGCUUGUGUGUGUGUGACUGUGUAAACCAGGACGUGAACCAAAAACUGCAGGAGGACAACCAGGAGCUGCGUGACCUGUGCUGCUUCCUUGACGACGAUCGGCAGAAGGGGAAGAAGGUGUCGCGGGAGUGGCAGCGUCUGGGCCGCUACAGUGCCGGCCUGAUGAGGAAGGAGGUGGCUAUCUACCUGCAGAAGCUGAAGGAGCUGGAGCAGCGGCAGGUGGAGGUCAUCAGGGAGAACUUGGAGCUGAAGGAGGUGUGUCUGAUGCUCGAAGAGGAGAGGGCCACGGUGGUGGCUGGAGGGGUUGGAGGUGGGCAGGGAGGACCUGGUCGUAGGUGCUCCAUUGACAGUCAGAGCAGCUUGUCUCAACUGGGUGGAGGUGUCCCAGGACCUGGUCUGCUUCGGGACGUUGGUGAUGGCAGCAGCACCUCAAGUGCAGGGAGUACAGAUAGCCCUGAUAACCCCCACCUCAAACCCCCUCCCGUGGGCUCUAAUACUAUGCCUGGAUCUGUCUCAAGGUGCAUGUCCUCAGAGCACCACCACAAACCCGGGGAGGUGUGUGACUCCACAGGCAGGCGACACAGCUCCACCCCAGAGUACCACACCUUCCCACAGUCUUGCCGUCCUCGUGGGGGAUCCCUUACAAACCUGGAUCCUCGUGGGCUUAGAGGACACAGCCCAGAGAAACACAGCAAGUCCCCCACAAGGCUGCCAUGUGACUCCCACCACCAGCCCUGCAGCUCUGACCUACUAGCCCAGAAACAGCUCUCCAUGUCAGGGCAGGCGUCACCAGGCUGCGGGAAAGGAUCAGCCAAGUCCAGCCCAGAGCUGAGCCAGAGACACCGGCAGAUUCACACAAUGGGGGCUGGCUGUGGGAGUCCCGAGGCCAAGCAGGCAGCCAUGGUGACGCCUGAACACCUGAGGAAAGGACGGGUGAUAGUGGGUAGUCCUGAGUCUAUAAGACACCACUAUCACUACCAGCACAGCCCAGGGGGGGAGCACGGAAAGGGGAGGUAUAGCAGCAGCUCCCCCAGCAGGGAUGGUGGUCAAAGGAGGGCAGCAGCAGGAGACGAGAUGGCCCCCCACCACCAGAGUCUGUACAACGGUAGGCACAGGGUAACUCUUUUCUUCUUCUUCAAUCCAUAACCAUUCAUGCCACAUUGAAGAAAAACACUGAAACACAGGUUUAAAGAUAUUAUUGGAGGAUUCCACUCUGUUUUUAUGAGAGUUUUAUAUUUGUAGGUACAGAAUGUAAGUAAAAGAAGGAAAAUAAGAGAUGCAAGGGCAGCCACUGAGCAGGAGGAGAGAGGAGUGCUUGGAGUCUCUAAAAUGUCCUCAAUUACAAAAAACAUGGCCUAACUUGUGCGCCGGUUCUUUCUGUAAAUACUUACAUGUAACUCAUAUAAGAAUAAUAAUAAUAAGAAGAACUUUAUUAAUCUCGAAGGGACAUUCGGUUGUCUGUCAUCUCAUUUGUCAUGUCUCUAAAAGUCAUUUACUAUUUACAGAGGGUUGUAAAGUCUGAUGGCUGUGGGUACAAAAGAUUUUCUGAAUCUCUCUGUCAUGCAGUGAAGAGAGAGGAACUGUCCACCACCAUUGGCUCUUGGGUCCAUUAAGGUGUUGUGAAGUAGGUGAUCCAUGUUCUUUAGAAUAGUCUCCACCUUCCUCAGUGUAGAUCUCUACACCACAUCCUCCACUGAGUUUGUUCAGACGUCUUGCAUCUUUGUGUUUGAUGCUUCCUCCCCAGCAGACUGCAGCGUGGAACAAAACACUUCCCACCACAGACUGAUAAAACAUCUGCAGCAUUUUACUACAGAUGUUUUAUCAUUUAUAUAUCAUAUCAUAUAUACAUAUAUCCUCACAUACAAAAUACUGAACUAUCCUGUUAACGUAUUAGAGGUAUUUUAAGGCCAAGUUCAUCAGCACAUGGAGCUCAGCUUAGCUUCAAAGCCAGACUUUCAGUCGUACACAUACUGGAACUCACAAACAAACACAAAACCUCAAGAGAGCUCACGAGGCUUCAGUCACUGUGGGAGUACAUGUAAGACCGUGAGGGGGAAGUGUAUUCAACUGUGUGUGUGAAUGCAAGCAGGAAAUGUGGGUGAUGUAACUCUCCAAGGUGUAUGGGUCACAAUGGUGACCUAGAGGUGCAGUCACACACACACACGCACUCACACACACACACACACAGCCUUAUGUUUUAGAGAGGAUAACAGCAAAGUGAGGCAGUAUUUAAAGGUGUAUGAGUGAUUUUAAUUCAUACUGUGUGGUCAACACCUGAAGUGUGUGUAUUUCUGGCAAUUAAGAUUAGAGUGCUCUGUAUUGUGAACAUGCCCAUGAAUGUACACUGUCCCAUCUAAAUAAACACUAAACUAAACUAAACUAAAAAAAUCUGCCAAAGACUGGGAAAUGUUUUUCUCCUGACACCAAAUAAUAAUUAUCAGAGCAGCUACAAAAGAAAAUAUAAUCCAUAUAAUCAAGUCAUUGUGGUGAACAAGCUCUCAUCAGCAGUGUGUGUGGGUUCAGACAGCUCCACUGCCUUAUAUGGAGGUCCCCUGUUAGACAGGUAGAUCUCACUCAAGGACCCAGGUCCCCUCUUGGCAAUUAAAAAAAAAAUGAAAGUCACAUUUCAAGUAACAUUAUGUUAAAAAAAAAACUUUAAAAACUCUAUUCUAUUGUACUUUGUUGUAUUAAAAUGACCAGAAAUAGAGGUACACUCUUGGUCAGUCUGGGGCUGGGCUGAUAGUCCACUGUUGGUCAGGUAAGCUUGUGUGUGUGUGUGUGUGUGUGUGUGUGUGUGUGUGUGUGUGUGUGUGUGUGUGUGUGUGUGUGUGUGUGUGUGUGUGUUAGCUAUUUAAAAGCUGUCAUCGCAGUUCAAUUAGCUCUCAUGUGACAGUUGCUGAACUCCCCUGAAAUGUUCACAUUGAUUUCCUCAGACCAUAAACCGUCUGCUUUUGAUGGUGGAGGACACACUUCAUGCUCUGACAUGACAGAGGAGAUGUGAAAUACUUCACUCUGCUUUCAGCUUGACUGAAUUUUACUGCUAUUAAAUAUUCUUAAGUGCUCCCUCGUGGUGUUUCUGGUUGUUUCUCUCUGUGUAUGCGUUUCUGAGCAUUAACUAUAAGUGCGAUGAGUGAAUAUGUUGUGUUCAGGGACUGCCUCAACUCCCUUUUCUCAUCUUUUGAGCAGGAGAACGGGAAUUAGUUGAAUGCUAAGCUGGUUCAUAUGCCUUGUGUAAAGCUAGGAGUUCUGCGUUCAUGCAGCAUCUUUGUUUGGUUGUUCAUACGUGAUGCUUUAUGCAGUAUGCAGUACUUAAAGGGGCUGUUACACUGCAGAGCCCGAGAGCCCUCCUGAGGGGGAAAAUCCAGUGUGCACAUAGUAGUUUGAGUCUAUCAUAAAUCAAAGAACUGCUGGCUUUACUGCAGCACAAUGCAUCCACACAAUACAGAGAUACUGUCUGACAUUAAGUAGGUGGGAGAGUGUGAAGAGGAAUGAUGCCAAGAACUUGUCCGAAAGUUUGUCAUUCAGAAGAGUUUUUGUGAUUAAUUUUCUGUGGAUUUUAAGUUGUAGGGGGAGAAAGGAGGUUCAUCCAAAAAAGCUCUUUUAAAUAUGCUAAAUUUGUAGAAUUUCUUUACCCAAAUUGCUUUUGCACUCUACCCUGAUGGUGUAAAGUCUUCCCUGUCAGACAAGGAAAGCAGUGAGAUGGGGGAUGAGUCCUGAGGUGCAGGAUGUGACAUCAAAAGCAGGCCAGGCAAACCUGCAUUUACUGCGCUGGUUCCCAACCUGGUAUCACAAGAGAGGCGCCAUAGUUCUCGAAAGGAAACACAAGGCUUGGUCUGCUCUGUCAAAAGUUUGCACCUAUUGACUAAAAAUCAUUGAAGCACAUCUGCUGGAUAGUUUGGAUGAUUCUGCCUUUGGACAAACUAUGAAAAGUACACUUUUUCUCAAUUCCCUUUAAGAUGCUCUCAUACAUCCAGUUACAUGGCACCCCUGGUUUGCGAUGGUCACCUGAUACUCAUGGUUUUAUCCCUGUUAACUCAUCUGCAGUGGAUCUUCCGAUUUUGAGAAAAUUUUUACCACUUUUUUUUUUUUCGUUUGCAUUUUCAGAUCAACCUAAAAAAGUUUUGAGUUAAGUAAGUACUUGAAAUUACCUUAGGGGCUUUCUCACACUUCUUUGUGGUUAAGUGUAAGGGGCUAAGAUGUCUUUUUCAAGGAAAGUAGCCUUAUGGUGAGUGUAUUAUGGAAAAUGCAUCUCUUGCAGGUGCAGCUGAAAUGACAAAGUGAAGAUGAAUUGAACAAGUUAAUUGCAUGCUUCCCAUGGGCUCUUUAUCAGUUGUGAACAGUCCUCUGCAGUGUGUUUGCCGCACUGAGGAGCAUUGUGCAACAUUAAUUAUGUCUAAUGCCCAUUCCUGGCCAAUUAGUAUGUGAACUAGCCAGUUGAUUUCAAGCCGUACUAAAGCCAAAUGGGUCAUCCUUAAUAAAGGAGAGGUCUACUUACUGCAUUUAGAGGGAGCAAAGCUGUAAAUGAUAUUUUAUGCUCAGUAUCACUGAAGGAUAAAAGCUUGUGGAAACCCAAAAUAGCUUUUUAGCAACAUAAUAGAGGAUGUUGCAUAAUAGAUGGUAAGCACAGAAAGCAUCAACAUAACUCUAAAAGCUAAAUUAAAAGAUACUGAUUUAAGAUUGUGAAGGGAUAUUGAUUACUGAAAUUUCAUGAUACAUUAUUGGAAAGUAUACAUUGGAGCUAUUCACAAGGUUACUUCACGUUGUCCAUCAUUAUGAAUAACUGCUGGCUUUUAAAAGCUGCCGGUGUUGAGUGUUGAUCAGUGUGCCUGUCAUAAGCUGCAGGAGUUCAAUGCGAGUGACAAUGGUCUGUUCUUCUGAAGCCUGUGUUGCUGGAAACACUAAAGAUACAAGUGAAGUCGGCCCUGCUAAUGUUGCACAACCAUUAUCAAGCGUUGCAUUCAUUACUUUGAUACAAAGGAGCUCUUCUCAGUCAAUGCUGCAAGCAAAUUUCCAAAGACUAAUGUUUAUUUCGAAAGCUUUCUUGAGUUCAAGCAAGAGGGGAGAGCUGUUGUUAUAUUGUUCAUUAAAAAAACAAGGAUUUUCAGUCUAGUUGCUGGUUGUUCAGAUAAAAUCUCCUGCUCUUUGUACUCACAGAAACAUUGGUCUUGUCAAGUGUUAAGUGUUGUUAAUGAUAGUCUUCUUUGCCAUUGCAACUUAAACCACAAGAAACACUUUUGUAAGCACAUAAUUGAAAUGUUACUGAAUGAUAAUUGAAUGGUUUACUUUCGGUUAAUGGUUAGCCUACAUCAAUUCAUUCAGGGCAGCCAGCAGGAGCGUUUGGCUGCAGCCACAAUGUCUUUAUAUGUUCUGCUGCAUCAGAGACUGUGUCUCUAUCUGAAGCUGAAGCAUGACUGUGUUGUUGCUGUCCUGUAGACAUCCAGCAGCAGUAAGGAUUUCUAUAGUGCUGAGUUGAAGAGCUCUAUAUUACAGCUGAGGCCAUAGGAAAUAGUUUUGUACCUUGCAGGAUCCCUGACUCAGCUGUUAGCAGGAAACAAUACUGGGUGUACUAAGUGUAAGCUAAAAUGAUGCAUACAUAUACAUCUUAAUAGCAUACGCAACAUACUCCAUGCUUUUAGAGAAAGUUGUAGUUUAGUAAAUCCUCAGCUUUCUGCAUUUUUUCUGUUUUACCGCACACAGAGGGAUCUGUAAAGAGCAGUGUGUGCAGGUCAGUUGAAAGCUCAUUCAUAGACGAGCAGAUGACUCAGAUUGCUGCUGACGCAGGGAGCAGUUUGGAGUUUGGUGGUUGCAUUUCAAUGUUGGACGUCAUAGAGCUGAAAAUUUGGCUGCAGAGGACAAAAUUAACAUUUUCAAGACUGUGGGUUGUAAAAAAAUGAGGCUUAAUUUACCCUAAUUAGAUGUGUCACUCUCCAUAAAUCAGCAUUACAAGUUAGAUGACUCUUUUUAUUAUGAUAAUGGGGGAAACUUUCCAAAAAACUCUUUCAGCCUUAUGUAAAAUGAAAAUAAUCACAAUUGCCAGGUUUCCUAAUAGAUGUAUCAGCCCACCUCAUAUUGCUUUUUGUUAAAAACCAAGAUGGCUCCUUUUGCCGGGGUGUUCAUGUGCAGAUGCAUCUGCUGUUUCCUGAAUGUGUUAUAGUGGGUGAUGGAGAAACAAAGGCGUUCCUACUGUCCUGCAGACCCAUCUGUCUUUCAUGACAGCAGUUUAUUAAAGGAAGUAUGAAGAGUUUCCAUGUUUCCAUAACUAGUGUUGGGCGGUAUGAACAAAAUCUUAUAUUACAGUAUGAGUGAUUUUAUAUCAUGGCCUCAAAAAUAACCACACUGUUGCAUUUGUUCAUUUUCCUUUUGUUUUUAAACCCUGAAUUGUAUACAAAUGUAAACGAAAUGUCAGAUCAGUCUGGUGAUUUUUUUUUUUGUCAUAUGACGUACCUUUGGUGAAAGACUCUGCCAAGCUCUUUUGUAUGAGAGGAGCUGCUGCUGCUAUUGUUUUUGGUUUUCUCCGGCCCUUUUUCGGAACGAGUUCCUCCAUCUCUUCCUCGUGUUGCGUUGGUCAGGCUGCCUCAGUUUGCUCAGUACUGCCACUAAUCUCUGCGUCCGCCAUGACCACCACCAGUGACGCUGUUUCUUCUUCGUCAUAACUAUGCCAAGCAGUCUGUUGGACAUGCUGAUGAUUAUAGGGAGCGCACCCAAACCUGACCAAUCAAAUGGAAUGAACAAACUCCACACGACACGCUGGUGAAUAUACGGAAACGCACCCAAACAGAUGCGCCUUGGCUUUCUUGUUAGCGAGUGCAGACAACUACACACUUACUAAGAGAGAUUCAGCAGACAUCUGUACUCUCCUUGGUAUAAAUGGUAUCGCAAAAUUUCUACUGGUAGACACUUUUAUACCGUCACACAGUACAUACCGUCAUACCGCCCAACACUACUUUGAACCAAAUCAGUGGGUUUUUUUUUCCCGAAGAAACCCCCACCAGAACCACUGUGGUAAAGAUGUGUUUUCUCUCAAUCUACCAUGCAGCUCAUGAAAAAUUAUUAUUAUAAGAGUUACACUAUUUCAAACCCAGUUGAAGACCUAUCACUGCUCCUUUAAAGUAUAAAAAAGGCAUUAAAACAUCCAUUGAACGAUCUACUUAUGCAUGCUGGAUCAGUUCCUUUGCUCUGUGCGCUCGUCUUCGCAGCCUGCAGUUCUCCAUCGCUCUGCUCAGGUCCCAGCCUCCUCCUCUCCUCUCUUGGCCUCAUCUAUCUCCUCUAACUUUCAUUCAUUCUACUUUCAUUUCCUUCCUGCUUACGUCUCCUGCCUCCGGACUGGAGCAGCAGCAGCAUGUAAUACCGUUCCUCCACAGCCCUGCUGCCCUCCUGUUGCUGCCCCGCACAGAGCCGGUGUAAAUCUUCAUUAAGCAGCUUCCAUCAAAGGCCGGCGCUUUUACAAAUUGAGGUCAUUAACUUCCGUGGUCAUCCUGCACCGCGGCUUUUGUGCACUAAAUAAUUGAUUUUCUCCUUUUAUAGCUCGGGUAAUAUCAAUAUGUGCUGCUUCAAAAACUAAUGUGACCCUUAGGCUGACCACCUGGUUUGACUCGACCUUAGAUGACGUUCAUCCUUUCAUAAGCUUCCUGAUCUUUAUCACACAGGUUUUUAGAUGGUAGAUGAUAGAAAAAAUAACCCAGCAGAGAGAUGUUUCAGUGCUUUUGAUAGUGGGUGUUCCUGAAGAGAAGAUUUAAGGCUUACUUGUUCUCUGAAACUCAAAGCAAAGUAUGCCAACAAUCCUUAUCCCAGUUGGUCACCUACUGAGAUAUUUCAUGUCUCCCAUUUAGCGGGUAACACAAAUAAAACAGGCUGUUUCUUUUUAGGGUCUCUUUAAAGGUCAGCUUCUAUUUUUUCUAACUGUUUCACAGUUCACAGGACUGCAACCACAGCGUGGUCCCACAUUGUUUGACCCAUCAGUCUCCCAUUAACAAGAACAGACUUUCAGGGUUGGGUCACACAAUUAAUUUUGAGGCUCAAGGAUUUCAAUCUGAGACUAAGGGACUCGUUGGUUGCUAAAUCCUAGCUUGUGAGUCCUUGUGCUCCAACUUUUUUGACCACACAGACUGGACAGUAGCUGUCAGUGUAAAUGGAGGGCUUAGGGGGUCAGCAUACACCUUGUAGCAAUCCUCAACAAAUACCAUGCUAAGAUAUUUAAGGCACAGCAAAAGCAUGACUCAACUUAGAUGACAGGAGAAAACCCAGAAAAUUAAAACUUAACUCACUCUCAGUGUGAGAUUUUCACCUUUUUUCCACUGGAGCUGAGGUAAUCCUCAUGCGUACAUUAUGUGUGAAUGUCAGGUGGAGUGAUGAAAGUGUGUUCAUGACACAGUCGUCAUAUUUCCAGCUGAAUUUAGUUUUUUCUUCUUAGACUGAUAUCCUCACUGUUACCACUACAAACUUUAUAGAGAGGAAAUGCUGGGAGUAGAGAGUAGGAGGAGACAUGCAGCAAAGGGCUGUGACCGGGAAUCAAACCAGCAACCCCUGUGGUGAAGUCUGCAAUCUCUGUAAAUGGGCUAGGCUACUGACGCCCCUUAUUUUCACAUUUCAAAAUUUUAUUUACGAAUUCAAGUGAAAGGAAAUUGAACAGAUUUAACUUGAUACCUUGUGAUAGGUAAUAAAAGGUUGACUUCGUUUUUACAGCCCAGUUUGAAACAACCUGAGGCCCGUCGAGGUCCAAGGCAUGGUAGUGGGGGUUUCCUGGAGUAUGUGAGUUCUUUGUUACUUUGACUGCUGCUGUUGGAAGAAAAAGCACUCUUUUCUUUUUAGAGUUUUUUUUUUAGAUGGUUAAUACUAUUAAAUCGAAAGCAAUCCUUAUACUACAUAUGUCAAAAAAGGGGUUCAUAAUCACAGACAGCAGAGUGAAAGGAGAACCCCCUCCAAAGCCUUUCCUGUGUCUGCUCUAUAUAACACAUUUUUUUCCCUCGAUUGAACCAAUUUUAGAGAAAAUCAGUGCAUUUUCUUUAUGUUUAUUUGGGCCACUAAAGCUACAGUGGGCAAGUUUAUCUUAAUUGAAAUUUGGUCAAAGUUGAUCAUUGUAGUUCACUUUCACUAUUAACUUCACUAAUCAUUUUUUUACAUAAGUGAAUCAGUCUGAUUCUUUCCUGGUAGUGCCUGCCCCCUUUGGUCCAGUCUGAAUCAAUCAGGACUUGCUUGCAUCGCAGGUGACAGUGACUCUGCACAAACCAGUAUCAUCAAGCAUGACCUGUGUUGGCGUCAUUCUCUCUCUCUAGUCUGCUCCCUGUCCUCUCAGUGGCCAAACAAGUUGCGACUUGGUGCUUUUUUAUUUAUGUACAUUAAUCAACGAUCAGAUUUUCUGUCCUCUGAUUCUGAAGAGACUACAGUGCCUAACUUAACAAAUAGUUUGCGUGGCGUAUGUGUGCAUGCAUGUAUGUACUGAUUGGUGGGAGGAGCUAAGCAGAGAAAGGUCAUAGAUGGAGAGGUGGAAGGUGUUUCUGUUCUAGCCGCCACUUUAAUUGUUGAUUACCAUGGCAACAUGAGAAGACGAACAUGAGAAGACAUUCAGGACAGCUUUACUAAGGUACUGAGUAUUCUCCAAAGGCCUCUGCGCUGUGAUAUGACUUCCUCCACACAGCAGUCUGCUGUUUCUGGUCAACAUUUUCAGAUUCUGCUGUGCCUGCUGUGUUUUUGUGCCUAUUGGGAGCCAUAAGAUCAGAGCAGAGUCAGAAAUACUGUCAUCAGCAAGUGUAGGGCGCAGAUCUCCAGAGCUGUACUGAACUGUGGCGAGCUGUUUGGUGAGUAUGGAGGCAGAAAAGAGGAUAGGUAAUUGGGUUAAAAGUGGGGUUGGUAAUCACGGCAAACUAGCUUGAAUUUGAAUAUAGCAUCUCCUUAGGACUUCCUCUAGUCCCUCCCUCCUCCCCUUGGAGCUCCUCCAAAACAACGCCCCGGCUCACACCCAUGAGCGCUGCUGUCUGCUCAUUCAAAACCACAGACUCAAAACUUUGGGACUUUAGAUUGGGAAGUCUUUGCACAGCAGGGACAAAGAAGGUAACGUUAGCAUCGGGAUGACCACAUGACUAGCAACAUGGCUAAAUACUUGAUCGAGAUUAAAAAUCGCCUUGAAACAAACCCUCAACAUACCUUUCCAACAGAAAAUGAGUGACCAUGGCAUCCCUUGACCUCUUUCAGUCUCCACUGCUUAAAAACUGUCCCGAUGUUGACUUUUGUUUUUGCCCUUGCUUUCUCCAAACUGUGUUUUGCGUCGGCCUUCUCUGCCUCCGUCUUUCUUUUCUUGCUCUUUUUUGCAGGAGGAGCGGUCACCAUUAAUCUUUGUAUAGGUAGUUUCUCUGCCAUUCUCUCGCGUAGGUGUAACCCUCUCAGCUCGGCUAUGCCCAUUGAAUCAGGGCCAGUGCACAUCUGCAACAUGUAGGCGCAGGAGGCGAGCAUGGGAUUUGAUUGGUUUAAAAAUGUGGGACCCACACGAUGUGAUUGGUUGGUGUUUUCCCAAUUUUACUCCUGCUGUAGAUAGCGGCUAUGUUUUGCACUUUUUUUUAGAACACAUCAUGUAUUGAUUGCCAUCAGAACAUAAAGAUCAUUUUAACCAGAUUACCAACCCUACCUUUGACUCAGUUUUGUUUAACCAGAUAUUUAGAAAGUCAGCAUAUCUAACCAGAAGAAAAGUCUCAUUAAGAUGUAGGAAAAUAAAUGAUUUUAUUGGGUUAUUGUGACUGUUCACUGAACGUAGGACAAAAAAAAAAUGAGCCCACAGAAACACAAUACGAUUUGAACAGUAUGCUGAAGAUUUUUUUCUCUUCAAGUGGAAAGUUUUAUGAAUUUUUCAUAAAAAAGUUUUUGGUUGUAUGGGCACAAAAUAAGCUUGAAAACACCACUUUUCAUUUUGUGACAGCUCUUCCAGGACAAGAAUCAGCUUCAGUUUCAUUAAUUUUGCUCCAUCACACAUUGAUUUGAGAAACAGCAUCUCUUUGUGGCGACGCCGUUCUCCUGAGCCCAGCUGGGAUUGUUGCCAACCCUGAGUGGAUAUGUGCUGAAUCAGAUUGGAAGAAUUAGCGUGCAAAACUCAUUAGGCUCCUUACACAGCCAGAACCCGAAGCAGGCUCCAGCAUAAAUGACUGUUGAUUCGUCUUUGUUCGUCACAGAGGACAAGAAACACAAGAUUCUCCUCACUUCAUUUGGAGCCCAACAUCUCUCUUGAUUGAAGCAUGCAGGCCAGAGCUCAUGACACACACACCCAUGUGGGAUGCUCUCUAAAACACACUGAGAUUAUUUCACAUUUCACAAGAACACAAGCUUAUUUAAAAACCAACACACACGUAUGACACACAGACAAUCUAAUAGACAGUGACAGUACCGUACACUCUCACAUAAGCACACGGUGGCACGCAGAGCCAUUAGAGUAUUUACACACUAUCCUGACACACUCACGUAUCCCUCAGGGAGAAGGGAGGGUGGGUACCAUACCACAGCCAGGGUGCUCAUUAGAUGGGUGAAGAUGUAAUAGGUUGUGACUCCCUCUGACUGCUCCUCCCAUGCCACGAGAGUGAGGGGGUGACUCAAGAGUGUCUGCAGCUCUUUGCAGUAUCAUCACCUCUCAGUCGCUGCUGAGAGACUGGAGAAAGAGAGCAGCUCCAUGAAGAAAAGUGAACAUGCAAUUUCAGCAAACUCAAAUACGAGCUGAUGUGAUUGGUUUGUGUAUGAAAUUUAGAGCAAAAUUGAUGUACUUUUUUGGGCUUUAAAUUACCGACAUUCAUGCACUUAGAAAGCAGCUUAAAAGGACGAGUUACCUCACAUCCUUUGCUUUAGGUUGCAGUCUGAAAACUGCAGUGUGUUGUUAGUCUGUCACACUGGGGCAUGCAGCCCUUGUUGUUGAAGUCAGACAGGGAUGUUGCAGUACUACCAUUUUUGUGGUACCACAGGAAUGAAAUUGUCUUAAUAGUGUUGUGGAUGAUGGUAUGAAAAGAUGAGUCCUCUGGGCUUAAAGUGUAGCUUUGUUUGUGAGACAUACAGUGGGGGACCUCUGGUUCUGUCAUUGCAACAAGCUCAGGAGUGGGCUGAUCAUUGGCCUUGGCCAGUCACUAGGGCUGAUAUUUGGCAUUUAGCCUAUAAUCCAUAUCCAUAUUUUACUUUACAGAUUGUCAAUAAAAGUUGGUGAUGUAAAAGUGUGCUACUUUGGCUCCACUCUGGUUGUUUACUCUCUUCGGUGUCUGUUGUCUCACACAAGUUUGUGUCCACAUAACUGUACUGUGAGUGUGGCUAGUUAACUAAAAAUGAUGUAAAUGACGUUUGUAUCUUUCCGUUUUAAUAAAAUGCCAGUUUAGGGUAUUAAGGCAAAUUUUUGUAGUUUGUAAUAUUCAUCAUUCUUACUUUGGACAGAAAUCUUCAGUUCCAAAAACUGAUUAUCAGUCUCUUGAGCCACUAAGUGGAAUCAGAACAGGUCCUAAAAAAACAGUAUCAGUCAACUCCGUCUGUUGUUGACUCAGCACUGAUACUGCCAGACUGCAGUGACCUAUGUAUCAGGGUGUAUGAACUUUGUGAGAAGCCACCUGGCGAAGCGUCAUCCUGAAUAAUUUUGACUUCCCAUUUCUAAUGCCACCCCUUCAGUACCACUGGCUGGUAUCACAGAGACUAUUUGAAACAGUCUAGAUAUACAAAGUAAUAAACGGUUUAGCAGUUUUGUUCCUCAGCCAUACUUUCACACUGUUCACUGACACUUUUACACCUUUAUGAUGAAGUCAGAUGAAGCCCAUACUCUCUGUCAAAUACCCUUGAAUUUAUAGUGGUUGGAAAAUGCUUUUAGAUUUAUUUUGUACUAUACAAGAUGCAAACGGAGGUUAUGUGUAAAAUAGGGCUGUCACAAUAUCAGAUUUUCACCUCAUGCUUAUUAUGGCCAUAAACUGUUGAGAUAAUAUUAUGGCAGUCAGUUAAACAAAGAGUGGAGCAACAUAUUACUCGAUUAACUUGACUUACUGACAUGUGAUUGUAAUAAUGAUCAAAUUAAUGAUUUAUCCUUGUGAUCGACUGACACAUCUUUGUUAAAGACGUUGCCUCAUGCAUGAUUGUUUGUCAUGCUUUUAUUUUGAAACUUUUUCUUGCACCGUAGUUGCUUUAUUUUCUUCAUGGUUGAACUAUACUUUUAUUUUGAAUUACUUCUGAUAGAUUGUGAAGUUAUGGAUCUGAAUGGAAACUAUUACAAGACUGAUCAAAAGCAUAAAUGUAAAAUUGAUGAGGCACUGGCUUUAACACUGUUUUUGGAUUCAUCAAAAAUCUUGCAGUGUUGGUUUUUAAAGUGCCUGAUCAUCUCUCAAAGGGCUGCUGCUUAUUUUUUUUUCUGUCCUUUAAGUAAAAACAUGUGAACCGCCACUGUAGAGUUACUGUAUACCUGUUUUUUCUUCAUCUGUAUGAUCUAGACCCUCAGAGCACCAUCCUAACUGUGUGUUCAGAGCCAAAAUGGUUUCAGCGAAGGCAAAGGAGAUCUGUAUUCUGUUGGUCCCGCUCUUUAACCCCUUAGUCAGCCUGUCUGUCAGCUAGCUGUGAUGUGUUAAUGGACAGAAUCAUUCUGCAGUCAUGGUCUCCAAUUAGAGCUGAAGGUUUGACACACAUCGUGCCCUCGCGCCAGGUCAGGUUUGGUGGUUUGUGUUUUAAAGCUGCCUCUCUCACUCAUGCACACACACACACACACACACACACACACACACACACACACACACACACACACACACACACUCUCAUUCACACACAGAGAGCUAAAGGGCUCCAUGUAACAAGCUUGCACUGUUCAGAUAAGCCCAUUUAGCUCACGCUGGUAUAAUUGAAUUUGUCUGCUCCAGACUGAAAUGAGUGUGAUUUGCGAGGUGUGUGUGUGUUUGUGUGGAUGUGUGUCUGUGUUGGUGCAAAACAUGAACCUUGGCUGCUUUGGUGUCAAACUGGGAUGUAAUUUGUGCCCUCCAGAGAUCCUGACUGUAGGAAGGAGGGCCGCAGUGAGCCUCUGUGAUCCUCCAUCCUCAUACUGACAUUUUCCAUCCUCGUCUCUGUCAUCCCUCCUCCUCCUGUCAUUUCAUUCUGUCAGAUCCAUCAACUCCUUUUUCCCUCUUAGCCCUCCUUAUAAAGCGGCUGUAUGUCAUCUCUUUGGUUAGUUUCUUUCCAAGGAAGUGUUUUUGUGAGCUGUUGUAAAUUGUGUAAAUGAAGUAAAAGAACUGUAUAAUAGUAUCAGAUUUGGUUCAUUCUUGUAAUAUGAGUGUAUGGGGUUCCAUAUUCCUCCCAUGUGUACUGAAUAAAACAUAAUCACCAUGGGUAUGUAAAACAUAGUCUAAGAUGAUGUCUUAAUUGUUAUUUAAUGAUAAGCAAAGUAACAAUAAUAAGAUAGUCUCUCAUUUUGAAAAGAAAAUAAACCAAACAAUCCUUUAGAGUCCAGCAUUCACAUAAAAGGAUGAUACCUGUUUGCAUGGAUAUCUUCAGUGUUAGUCGCAUUUAAGGGUUAAAUUUGGAUGAGUUAUGUCUCCUUCACUCUCUGCCAACAAUGUUCAAGCAGCCAAAACUUUGAGGGCUCUAUUUUGGUGCUUCGCCGGAGACGUGCCGCAAGCGCAGAGUCAAUCAGAUCCGCCGCGCUGACAAGGCGCUCCCAAGAACAUUUUGGUAUUUUGGUGAGCCGCGCAGCCCGGCGUAAGUAUCCCCCCUCCCUAACUCAGCUCCUCCCGGCAGCAUAAAUCAUAGACGGGGAGGAGAGGGGGUUUAACACAGCCGAGACCUGUUUUCACCAAUCACAUUAGCUCCUCUCCUCGCCUUUAAAUCCGCCACAGGCGAGGCGUAUUACUAUUUUCAUGAAGUAGUCAAAGAGAUCAAGAGAUGUCUGAAGACAGUUAUGCCACACGAUGGCGACAGAGGGCAGCUGCUCAACAAGUGUCCUCCACACUCUCUCAUCUGAGCACAGAUGGAUUUGGUGUGCGUAAUGUUGGACCCACUGGUAAGACAAACACCCUUUUCCACAAAUAAAGACACUCACAUAAAGUUGCAUAUAUUCAAACCUCACGUGACAAAGGUGGGUUGAGCGCACAGAUCACAACAUAAACUCCAAAAAGGCAUUAAAAUCGGAACCAUCUGUGCGUAAAUGACGCAUCGCGCUCCGUGGCCUGGCUCUUUCUUUCAUAGAUGUUGGCAUAUAAAAUAAAUUUGGCUCACAAAACUGAAUAUUAUAAUAUCCGUAUGUCGGCUUAAAGUAGAUAACGCAUCUGAGCACUGAAACAAAUCAUCUGUUCAGCCGCAGCAGCAGCAGGAAGACGGACAGAGGACACGGAGACGUGUCCAGGUCGAGCUGUGCGAGAAAUAAGAGGAAGAAAGAAAAGGAGGGAGACACAUUACAUAUCUUGUUAACUUCAUCAUGUGCGUUUAUUUACUAGAUAUUUAAUUUAAUUUGAAGCAGUUUCAGCUGUAUUGAUUCGGUCAGGUUGUGUGUCCAAACGCGUGCCAAACGCGCUCAUCAGAUCAGAUAUAGAUCAGAAUAUAUCGAUAUAGGUCUAAAUGUAUGUGCUGACUCAGAUUAAUAGUUGUUGAUCAUUAUUUAUUGCACUGAAAUCUGCCUGACACUGUGGAAACCUGCCGGUGAGGCAUCAGUGACGAAUGCCGAUACGCCGCCGGUCUACCAAAAUACUACUGGACCAGCUGCGUUCCGCCUUGCGCUGAAAGCUGACCAGGUUUGAAUCGGCGAGCUUUCAGCGCACGUUACACGCCAGUGGCGAGCACGAAAAUGUCACUGCGCCAGCUGAUUCUGUCAACACCUCCCCCUGCCACGCCACCACGCCCAGCUUGGCGGAUCUCGGCUCGCCUCCGUGCGACUCAGUCCACGAAAAUACCAAACUCGCCUUACAACUGCGCGGGGCUCGCCGCCCUCCGCCGCCUCACCGGCGCGAACGAAAAUAGAGCCCUGAGACUCAAACUCACCGAAAUCUUCAGAUGGGCUUCAUGGUCCUCCCACAUCUCCGGUAGAUUGAAUGACUCAGAUGCAGAUCUGAAUUUGGCACCGUACCUGUUAAGAUAUUGUGUUUGCAGCAAGCACCACUGAGCUUUACAACCAAAAAUUCUCACAUUUAAUCUCUUGAUUUACCUUGGCUGAUGCUCUAAUGGUGUACCAAAUAAGAGUCAAGACAGCCAUGGUUGUGAUAUUGGAAAUGCAAAGUCCAACUCCCAGCAGACUAGAAACAGGAGAAGCGAUGGGGUUUAGGCUAGAGCUGAAAACUCAGACUCUUGUUGCUGGAUAUUACAGAAUAUUUCCACACACUAUAUCUUUAAACUGCACAUGUAAGAUGCGAAGAUCCUUUAUGAUCUAUCUAUCUAUCAUCUUAACUUAACUUAACUUAACUUAGCUUAACUUAACUUAGCUUAACUUAGCUUAACUUAACUUAACAUAACUUAGCUUAACUUAACUUAGCUUAACUUAACUUAACUUAACUUAGCUUAGCUUAGCUUAACUUUGCUUAACUUAGCUUAACUUAACAUAACUUUGCUUAACUUAACUUUGGGGGAGUAGUUCUAUUAACAUGUCUAACAAAAGCUGGCGCUGGGCUCUCUUUGGGUGUCCUUGGCAUUUGAAGCCAGCUUAGACUGGACACUCCAGAAACAUUGAGUUGUUUUGGACUGCUGCUCUGGCCUGACAGAAUGUUGUAUUUUGCACUGUCCCCUCUUUUUCUUGAAAUCCUUUUCCCGAUAGAGAAUUGACCAUGAAAACCUGAGCUAACCAUCCUAAAAGUUGUCAGGAAAAUCAACAGCGUUCACUCAUCUGAUGUUUUUAAAGAAAUUUUGUUAGAUUGGUCCGUCUCAGUGAGAUAAAAAAUGAACGUCAUAUUUCUACAGUCUGCUUGGACCCAUAUCUUCACAGCUUGCGGCUAUCCCCGUUAUUGUUUUUCUGCUCUUGUUUGGUUAGCUCACUUUCUUCAUUAUCCACAUUCCCCGUCCCGCUCAUCACUCCUCUCAUGUCCAUCCUUAGCUAACAAACCUCCCUCUGAUCUGCUCUCUUAUAUUGCCGUCAUUACCGUCUCCUGGAAACUGUAAUAAGUUAAAACAAGCAGCGUCCUGUCUUUCUGUGGACUUCUUUUUCUCAGGGUUGUACCUGCAGAAGCCCAGUUCUGGGAAGCUUUGAGGUAAUUCAUUUUCUUAUCUUUUCUGCCUCUGACUCUGAUCUUCUGUCUGUUGACCAGGACUUCAAAGCAGCGUAUCUGUGAGCAGGCAAAGUGAGGUCACCAAAUGACAGUGAUUUAGAGAGAAAUAUCUCUUAUUUUAUUGCAUCCCUUCCUAUCUAAAAUUACAGCAAACGGCUGAGAGGAUUUGUGGCUCUUACAUCACACCCAGGUGGUGUCGUUUGACAGCCGAUUUAGCAGAUGAGAAAGGCCUCUUUUGUCAUCAUUCAUCUGCUAAUGGACCCAGACUUGAACAGGCUUAAUCCUCCGUGAUGGCCUCUGAUUACCUCUGCUGCUGGGUGUAAAGUCCCGUCGAAAUGAGCUUUCUCUGUCCACACACACUUUACAUGGUUUCACUGAUGUAGCGCCACAUGAAUUUGAGUGGCACAAGACCUUUAGUGAACCCUCACGUUGUGCACAGUUGCAACUUCACCGGCCUUAAUUAAUUCUUGGUUGUGUGUAUGUGUGCAUUUGUAGCGUGCAGAAUUAGGGGUGUAUAGGGUGCAUGCAUUUGGAGUGCCUGUGUUUGUUUACAAAGGUCAGGUGUGGUGUUUACUGCAACAGAUGGCCUGCAUGCAUGACUUUUUUUCAGUGUGUGUGUGUGUGUGUGUGUGUGUGUGUGUGUGUGUCCUAGCUGAGACUGAAAACACAGCAGUUUUUGUCGGGCUGCUCUGAGCUCGUAUUACUGUGAAUAGGCAGAAAGUAUCGUCAUGGUGAACUGCAGAAACUCUCAGUCAAUCACAGAGUUUCACUUGAGGGGGCAUUUAGUAUAUUUCACUGAUGCUGCUAUUAAUAAACAUGAGCCACACUCUCUCCUGGAUACCUGCAGCUUUUGUGCUGUCACUUAGAUAUGCCUGAGCACAAACACGUUUCGAGAUUUGAGACUGUUUGAACUUCUUAAGAAGAUCUUUCCUCACUUUGCUAAUGUGUUUAAAAUCUCAGAAUGAGCAAUCGUGACUUUGAAAUUUCCUUUAUACAUUUGAACAUAUGAGCGGGGUGCAAACUGGGGAGGGAGGAAUGUCCUUCACUCUGCUUUAUUUAUUUAUUUAUUUUAAUCUCUCCCUCCAGUCAUUCAGUUUUUUAUCUCCAGUGGGGAUAUGUCUUAUCUCCUGCUUGUCAGUCUGCAUUAAAUGCGUCUCAUACACCCAACAGUAGAUGGUGCAAGUUGGACUACACCUGACAUUAACCACUGACUAAAUUUAUUUGACAAAGAUCUAGUGAUAGAACAGAGAAAGAUUGUUUAGCGAGUCAAGAAGCGGAAAAGUGUCCAAAGGGUGCCUCAAGUCUCAGUGCUCCUUUCCUAUUCUCUUUAUACACCAUCUCAGUGUAAUUAUCAGGUCGUUCAUGGUUUCUCAUAUCACUGCUAUGCAGAUGAUACUCAGCUCAUCCUGUCAUUCCUACCAAGUGACAACUGUCUCCUGCCAGAUCUUGUUAUGCCUCAGUGAUAUUUCUUAAUGAAUGAAUGAAGAAUGCAAACUCCAGCUCAAUCUGUCCAAAAUUAAGCUUCUUGUCAUUCUAGCCAGUCCCUCUAUACCACCACAGAAUAAGGUCCAGUUUGGGUCGAACAAACUCAUGACACCAACUAGGUAUGCCCAUAAUCUGGGUGUCAUGAAUCGUGAGACCAGCUUUCCUUUAGGUUUCAUGUGGCCGUAUUGGUAACUGGUGAUCAACUUGACUUCCUCUAUGAACUAUCAGCUAGUUUGCUGAAGUUUGCUGGCAGCUAUUAAAGUAUCAACAUGGUACUGCAAUAGAGUGUUUCUUUGAGUACUUUUAACAAAAAAAUCAACCAAAAUAUUUAAGAAUACGGGAAACGGCAACUAUCAUCCAGCAUGCUGGGCUCUGAUCGUGCAGCAGUCAGUUUACUCUGUAAUAUCAUGAGGGUCUGCAUUGAAGCGAUGUGAUUCGAGAUUUCAUUGGUCCCUAAAUUGUUCUAUAAUGAUAUGAUUCGAUAAUAUUAUUGACCUUUUUUGUCCUGAUGAGACUAUUGCACAUGCACACAAUGUAAAUGUGAUGGUAAAUGAUCUUUUAUGCAGCCUUUAUAUAGAGUAUGUGCAAGUACUAUGUGCUGUAGAUACAUUACUGCAGAUAAGUGUGUCAAUAAAAACAGAAGUAUUAAUAUAUGUUUGGGCAAAUUUGGCAAAAUAGGUGUUAUGAGAAGUCAACAAGACUCCCUCUGCAAGUUUUUACUGUCAGUUUAGAUGGGUUAGAAGGAAAACUGCACUAAGGGGGUAAAGGAAUGGCAGUUUUUUUCUCUUUUUUUCUUUCCAACAUGGGUGUUUCCACUGACAACCGUCUGCUCCCCCCUGCUGAUAGGUGUAAAAGUAUGCAAACAUGGCACCUGCACAGCAGUAGGUCCUGCUCAGACUGUUGUAAAGUAACAAAAUCCUGCUUCUGAUUAAGCCUCUGUGUCACCCAAAGUGUGUGAAGUACAACCCAAAACACAAGGUGCCCUCCACUGCUGAGCCACUUCUGCAGGGUUCACAAAACACACACUAGUGUUGCAGUAAGUGAGCUUCAGGGGUGUUCAGAGGUGGAGUUUUAAGAUAGCCACCUAAACAUGAAGCUAAGCUGAGUUAGCUCACAGUUUUAGCCAGCCUAAAACCUGCAGACACCAGAUAGGUAUCAACAAUCACUAAACAUUUUAUUUAAAGAUGAGUCACACUGUCAACCUUUUAUUUUAGUCUUUAAACAUGGAAAACAUGCUGUGAUGUUAAGUAACACAGAGCAGGUUAAUAGUCCAGGUGAUGCUAAAAAUGGAUGAAAUCUGACCAGACUUUAAAGCCUAAACCCUCCUCUCAAUCAAAUCAUCCUUCUUUCACACACUGUCAUCCCCCAGGUUAGCAACAUCUAUUCAAAAGACCUUUUCAACUGAAAUAACACCUUAAAUAUCUGUUAAUUCAUAAUAUGUUAUGACAUUUUUAACAGAAUAUUCAAGACAGGCAUUAUUGAUGAACUGCAGAAAAUGGAAAUGAGAAUAUCUUGUGGCACUUUGAGCAAAUUCACUGAACCCCAGAGUGCUGCAUUGUCCCCUUUGGGACCCAUUGCUCUACAUAAUCUACAGACCUCUCUGUGUACAGCUGGAAGCAUAUUGAGUUGACUUUUUUUUUUUUGGUGAAUAAAUAUGCAUUAAAAACUUCCUUCUGUAGAAACAUGCCAAGUGAUUAUAGUGAAGUAUUUCAAAUACAGUUAGGUUUCUUCUCGUAGUAUCUUAUUGGGGUCAGAUAAAUAAAAGAAAAAUAUAUUAGAAAUAAAGUUUUUCAGUCUAAAAGUCAUUUGUAAUAUACUGUAUGUAUCAUUUUGCUUGAAGUUAGGUGCUAAGUAGUUGCAUUCAGGGCUGAUAAUAUGUAACAAUAUCCAAAAACUCAACAUGCCACAGAGUUCACUAAAGGGUUGAAGCAAAACCUGGAGGAAGAAAAAACAGCUCAAACGUAGAGAAAAUGGUUAAUUUCAACACUUAGGAGCAUCAGCGCAUCUCUGUAGUGGAUGGUUUAACCUGCUGUCUUGACACUACGCUUGACUAUGCAUAUGAAACAAGAUUAAGAUAUUAGUUUAGUUUUGUCCCUUUAAGUUAUUCUUGUGAACAAACUAAAAUGUUUAUUGUGUCGGGACUCACUGUAAAAAUAUCACAAAUCUGAUCAGGACUAUUUAUAAACUUACUCUUGUAUUGGUCUGUGUGUCUGAGCUGUACUCUGUGCUGUGUCUCGGCCACUGGACAUGACAAUUUCCUUACAGAAAUGAAUAAAGUACCCAUCUAUCUAAGAUAUCUCUGAUGAAUGUGUGUACAAACUAUCCUCUAUGUAAUCCAUACUAUAUAGUAUAAAGAAGGAUUUAAAAAAUGAAGACAUGAUAACCAAUGUUUAGGACAAAGUGUGCCAAAUGUUGAAUUUCUUCAGCAGUUUUGUUAUAAAUGAAGCUUCAGUUUGAGUGGCAGUUCGACUCACAGCAUCACUCAUUAGAAAUGUCACCUUAGGGAGAGCAAGACUCGCCAAUCAGUUCAUCAACAUCUGACACAAACCAUCAAUUUAUUCAAAGCUGCUGUGUUGUCAGUGUGUCACAUUCUCAACUGCUGCUAAAACUGAUGAGGAAACAUCUCCACAUUAAACAUGUCAGAUUUGAAUAAAUGAAUAUUUACAGGAUGUAAAGGUUGUUUUUAAUAAGUUUUUCAAAGAUAUCUUAACUUACAUGUAAACACACAAAAAUGAAUGAAAAAUAAUUAACCCUUUAAAUUUCAACCAGCUGUCAAUCAUCACUGUGGAUAUUGGACACAUGCUGUGUCCUCUAAUUUUCAAAACCCUGGUUUUUAAAAGGAAACACAGAGACCUAAAGAUCCUGGUGUUAAUAAUACACACUUUAUUAACUUAAGUGACUUUCAUCAGAGUGACUUUAAUUUAGUUUUGUAAUUACUCAUUAAAUAUUGCUAUUCUACCCUAAAAGGGUUUAAGAGGCACUGGCAUUAGCAUUAGACAUAAACAAUAAUAUUACUGUAGGACAUGUUCAUUUGCAAACCAAAUUUGCUGCAUAAUUAUUUAAAAGGAUUAAUAAAGAAAGACAGCACCAUCAAAUAUUUAAAUGCAAAUGAAAAAUUAUAAAGCUUGUAUCCAAAACACAGCAAACACAGAGUCCCAAACAGGAGGAGUUUUUUGAUCGAUGUAUAAGGUUCAGUCAGAGUGCAGAACAUUGCAAGUACACCAAAGUAGCUGUUUUCUAGCUCUGUGAUGCAAAAUUAAAAGAAAGAUUUCAGGGAUGAAAAUAAGAAAUGAUCGAGGGGGAGAUGGGAGUAUCAAGUCCUCUGUCUGGAGAAGCCUGUUGCAGGUCUAGACCAGCCCAAACCAUCUUUCGAAAGAGGGAGUCUGCUUUUGUGGAAGUUCCUCCCGUCCACUGUAACUUUCUAAAUGUUGCUAAGUGUUACACUCGUGGUUGAAGAUGGGAUGGGAUUUAGUCUGAUUUUACAAGAUGUGGCUCAAUCUUAUCCCAUCUUUACUUUAUAUUCAUACUUUGAGUAGAAAUACACUCAAUUGGUGCCCCAGCCUGACACAGUAAAAGGUGAAAUGAAUAUAAUGGGUCUCCUUCUAGGGUUCAGAAGGUGAGAGGAGGGAUUAUCAAUUCUCUCCUGGCUUUCUGAGACAGCCAGAAAGGAGUAGAGGUCUUUUGAGUUCACAUGCGGCAUCAAUUUAGACCAACUGGAGAGUAUUCAGAGACUUGUAGAGGCAGGCUGGUAAUUGGGAAAUGCAGCGAAUCAGAAUCAGCUUUUUUGGCCAGGUUUGUGAACACAUACCAGGAAUUUAAAUGAGGUUUUAUAUUACUCACAAACAGGCACAGAAAUAGACAGGGGACAUAAGACGGAAAGGGAAUAUGAACGUAUGGAGUUAGUCCAUCUUAUUGAGACAGAGUGAGCUUGAUUUGACUAAUUUAUAUGCUAACCAAAAUCUGAGAGGCCCAGAUGGUUUGUUUGGGGAAAGUCAGAGAGAGUUUUAGAGUGAUUCAGAGAUUUCUAGACCUGACUUUAAAAGAUGAAAAUUAAAUACCUCUUCUGCCACCAUUUUAUUAGACGAAACAAAUACCAUAAAUAACAACAGAGAUACCAUAUGCUGUAUAUACCGAAGAUAUCUGAAUCAGUGAGCGCCAUCUUUUCUCCUCAUUAGUGUCUAUCCCUGCCACGACUUUGACAUGCUGUUUUUUUCCUCACCACAGACUUUCACAUCUGCCUUUGCUUGUUAGACAAGCUGUCUGUCGUGCUUUAUGCAUACCUUUUGAUUUGUUAAGAGUACAUGUCAUUUAAAUGGUCCUUAGAUUAUCUGAAAUACAGCUAUCAUUCCUUGCAGUCCGGAGAGGAGUUCUGACAAUAAAUACGAAUAAUAGCCAGGAUUCUGGUGUUGACCUUUCUCGCAUAAUUAGUUCCUGUCUCCACAGGGUUGGUUUUUAUCUCUAUGUUCAAGAACCGUGUACAAGGCGGAGAGGCAGGGCCACCAAGAACCAUGAGCAAAAUCCCUCAAUAAUCUAAUGAUCCUAAUUUCCCAGCAAAACGAGAUUCCUUUAAGAGUCUCUGAGGCACCAUGUCCCCCACCUAUUAAACUAAUAGCUUUAGAUCAUAUAAUUAUCAGAGAAAAUGACUUAGUUCUCGAGAAAAUAAUGACAGAGUAAAGAGAGUGCUUUCAAUUGUAAACAUGUCUGGACUUUGAGGUUUAAAAUGUCAUAAUGGAUUAACAGAGCCUAGCAUAAUUAAAUGGCUUUGGUAAUUUGAUGAAGAAUAUUAUUUCAUAAGAGUCUGAGACUUUUGGAUGGUUCUCGGGAAAUUUUAUUGGCAAUAGUAGAUCAAAAGAUUCUCAGUUUGGCUCAAUCAGAAAGAAAUUUCUGAUCAAGAGGGGUGGUUUAUGCUGAUUGUUAUUCCAAAACGCGUCCAUGCAAACAGUAUCCCGAUCGUGACUCUCUUACCUGACUCGAUCUUCUCUCUUUAACCUUUGGCUUAUUUACUGAGGCCAGUACAGGAGGUUUCAUUAUUAACACUCUGGCAUAAAACACAACUGCAGAUGGCGUACAUACAGCGUAAUGAUGUUGCAUCUGCACGCACAGCGCAACUUUUGACAGAACAGUAAAAUAAGUAAGCAAGGGCGCCAUCUAGUGACAACAUUAAACAGGGAGAAAACUCCUGAAUUGGUUAGAGUGAGCCACUACCAAGUUUGUUGGUUUGUUGACAGCACAGGCGUAAAUACAACUCUUCUUCUGCGGUUGUUUUAGUGAAAUAAGACAACUCUGUGCAUGUCCAAAUGCUUCUAAUCUGAAUAAUAAGCUUGGUGCAUUUAUACGUCCUUCUCGGUUUAUUUGAUUUUGCACCCACAUAAACAGUGGAUUCAGAUUAUCUGAUCCCUCAAAUUUUCUAUCGGAUCAAGAAAUUUUGCCCUUGUAAACGUGGGUAAUGAUGUGCAGAAAGGGAUGAAAUACUACUCUAAUAAUAAUAAUAAUUAUAAUAAUAAUAAUGCAUGAACUUUGGACCUUUAUGGUUAUUUGCUAGCCAUGCUGGGUUUGUGUAGACCAAUCAGUCCCUCAUUGAUGAGCAUAUUACUUAUAUUCCUAAUUUGCUUUUCUUCCUUUUCAUUUCAUGUGGCAAUAAUGUGUCUUAUGUCAACUGAGAAGCACUAAAUAGACAGUUGCUGUUGUGCACGUUAAGGAAUGUUAAGACUCUUGCAGCACAAUAAACCAAACAUGAGUCACAUUCAUUUAUGUCGAAGCAUGCAUUCAGAGAGGUCUCUUCACUCAUCCUUGCUGUUCAUAAUGACUGCUUAGGCCUUGACAGAAUAGAUUUUUCUCUUGAGUUUAUAAGGUAUAUCUCCUUUUCUUCCAGUGGACAUAUAAAGAAUGACAGAUACAUCAGUAAAAUAACAGAUAAUAACGAUUUCAUGGUUACAGUGCCAAUGAUAACUAUAAAAACAGCUGAAUAUUAGCUCUGAUAGCUGUUGUAAUGAUAGAGGAUUGGGGAUGAUGAAAGUGCAGCAGUUGAGGCACAUUUGCUUGAUAACAUCCAUGCUUUAAAUGAGGUUUGAAUGUAGCUGUGCAACAUGAACGCAGAAUUCAGACUCACUUAGCCUCCAGCACAUUAGAUGUGCUGUUAACAUGUGUGAGGGCAUGUAUUUGAAUCACACCAAUUAAAUUCAGAUGGUGGUAAAACAAGACUUUAAAUGUGAUAAUUAGAUACACUGGCAUGAGAAAUAAGUUGUGCAAAUGAUCUACAUGUAAACAGGGGAAGGGGUUCGAUGCUGAUCUAAUAUUCCCUCCAUCUUCAGCUCUCCUCUGCAGAUUAUUUAUUCCUAUGAACUCUCAGUUUGUUGAUUUGAGAGUUUUAUUUAAAGUGCGCUGCUGCAAUAAUGAAAUUUCCCCAUGGGCAUCAUUAAACUCACAUCUGAUCUCGUCUCAUCUCCUCCCUGUGUGUGCGUGUGUGCUCCCUCGUCCCGCUGGUGCGUGAGGACGAAGGUCCAGGAGGGCAGAACGAAGGGACAGUUCACUGGCUCCUGUCCCGGUUUGAAUCCCCCGCGGGGUGGAUUGGGACAGACGUUCAUGACCCUCAAGGCCAGCUAAGCCCCAACAAUCUGUUCCCCCAGCUAGAGACAACUGGUGUUUGUGUGUGUGUGUGUGUUUGAUAGAGAACCGGAAAUCAAAUUAAGAGUGAGUGUGUGUGUGUCAAUAUGGCACCAUGUGGGCAGAAGUCUGAGCGUCCUUCUUUUACACCAAUAGAGACGGAGUUUGUCAUCUCACUCCACUGCUGAGACUUUUGAAUGGGAUCAAACUGAAAGAGCCAGGACUGAGGGUCGACUAACAAUGUGUGUGACGCAUGUCGACAGGCUGACGCAGGCUGUGAGAGUCAGGGAGUGUUUGAAGAAAAGUGACUAUUUACCUUGGUGAUGUGUCAGAACAGCAGUGUGUUGAGCUGAAGGUCACUGCGUCCUUUCAGGAAGUUCUGAAAGUAACUCGUGGUGAAGCAUUCAAACCUACCACUCUGCUCUCACUUUUUUUUCCCCCUUCUCUUAUUAUUCUGUUACUUUUACUCCCAAUCUCCACCGACUUUUUUGUCUUUCUUUCUCCAGAGACUCACAUAUGGAUUCACACAUAAACUGAUGGAUGAGACGAAUCUUACGAAGAACAUUUAUGAUCAUUUCUUCAUGGGAAUGCAAUCAGACUGAGACACUAAGGCAGAAGAACUAUCACAUCUGCAGUGCAAAAUGAUUAAUAUGAUGAUUAUUACUUCAAGGAAAUGAUAAAGUUAUGAUCAUGAAUGUUCUUCCUUGAGCUGUGUCCCCCUGCUGCAGUCGAUGGACUCGCCCAAAGCUCUCCCGACAAACAAGCAGCUGCUAGAAGAGACUGGGUGAGAUGUAUUUAGUCUCUUUGCUAAAGACAUUAGCAAAGUUAAAAAGAUGUUUGGAAGCUAGUGCUAUGGCUAGGACCCUAUAUGUACUGUUGAUGAAGUUAGGUGCUGUUCUGAGCAUUAUUUGUGGCUAUAGAGUGGCUUUUUGGUUGAGCGCGGGGCUCUCUUUAUUGCUAUCCUGUGGUUAUUACUAAAGUUGGUAUAACUAGAAAAGCAAGCGGUCAGCAACAUUCAUCGGGGUGUCUGACUCUGUGUUACAGUGCGUUUGACCCUAACUCAAUUUUAUGCUGGAAUAUCACUUUAAGGUGUGGAGGUUUGUGUGAUAUCAGAACAAUUUGCAAUAACUUUCUUCAAUAUGUGAUUUUUUCAACAUGAUUAACAUGAAAUGCUGCAUAGGACUGCAAAACUCAGUUUAUGUUUUUGCUCUUGUGUAUGACAGUGUGGUAUGCUUUGUGAACUGAACCUUGGGCAAAAGCAGCUCGUGGAAGACACUCCUUGGUACAGUUUUGCCAAGUGAUUUAAUGGAAGUACUUUAUGUUUCAGCACACAAUACAGGGGGUCUACUGCUAGCUGUGAGUGUAGGGAGGGGGUGAAUAAGAGGGUCAAACAAUCACAGUACACAGACCCAGAAGACAACACUUCAAAUCCUUUGUUUGGACAAAUGUGAAGGAAAAAAGGGCUUAAGCAGCUAGUGUCACAUGAGAAAACAAUCAGCAGUCUGCAGUCUCUGCUGAAAACAAUUGAACUCUGACUGACACAGCAUGUUCCCUGUUGCAGACACAAAAUGUGCGUCCUCUUUUAGAGUAAAAGUUCAUUAUAUGCUGAUUGAAAAACUAUGUAACUUUAAAUGUGAGGUCCUUCAUUUUAGGCUUUAUUUCUCAGGACCAUUUCUCAUGAACCAUUAAGGGGGUGUCUGGGGUUCAGGGUUUCCAGUAAGAAAGUUUAGUUAGUUUAUCAGAAAAAAAUGUAGUUAACUUUUUUUCCAGCACCUGCAAUUACAGUGAUAUAUCGUAACAGGAGCAUACACCAUCAUUAACAUGUACAGCAGAUGUGCAGCUCUUUGAGGUGCUGUCUGUUUUUCACCAUCCCACCAGCUUCUGAUAAAGUAGUGGAGCUUAGCAGAUGGAAGUAAAUUUUGAGGUAGGAAGUAGAGAUGAACCAAUCCAUUUUUUUUCCGAUACAAUGCUGACAAAUAACAAAUUGCACAUUAGCAUGCAGCAAAAAGAAGUAAGACUUCCAUGUAAACAUUAAGUGCAAAAGGAUCUGCAUCAUUCAUUAGAUAGCUAAUUCAGUUAAUUGGUCAUUAUCAGAGCCAAUAUCCGAUCCAAAUGUCGGAUCGGUGCAUCCCUAGUAGGAACACUUAGACUGUUCACAACAAAUACUCACUUAAUGUCUUUAAUCCAAAUGGUAUACUUACUAGAAAAUAUACAGUUUUUUUCUUUAAUUGCAUGGCUUCACCACUGUUUAUCUGGCAUGUCUUAAGUGUCUGAGCAAUAUUUAUAUUGCUUUGAGCAAUAUUGCGCAAUAUUAAAGCUUCAUCUACUUAGAAAAUCACUGUAGUUGAAUACAAACGUGCAAAUAAAAAUAAUAAAAAAAAACAAAAAUUCACCUUGAAGUGGAAAAAAAUCUACUGCUUUUUGGAUUUAUUUGAUCCCUGGUAGUUAUAUGAAGUGAAAAAAAGCAUAAAAUGAAUUUAAUGAUAAAGUGCAUCAUUCCAUAGUGGUUUUUGUUUCACACCUUGUAUUGUUAAAAAAAAUUGUUAAAAACCAUUUUUUUUUCUUCAACUUUUCUCUGUUCUGAUCUUCCUGCUUAAUUAACAACCACCUCACAUAGAGAUGUAUGACAUUCAGUUAAAUAAUAGAUGACUCAAACCGACCUUGGAGUCACAGGUUCAAGUCUGAUAGAAUAUUAAUAAAGUGAAAAAUUAUACAAAUAUUGUUGGAAAGGAGGAUUGGAGGAGAAAACGUGUCAACUCUGAGGUUUUGGAACAAGUUUAAUUCAACACAUCAGGCCCCGCUCUGACUUUCUGCAGUAAGUUUUUAAAGAACUGUCAGAUAUAUUCUGAGGAAGGAAAGCAGAACUUUACCACCUGGACCACUUUCAUUUACAUGAAAAAUAACAGAGCUACCAGAAAGCACCCGACAUUUGUCAGAUACAUGGUCCAGCAUCUGCAGUCUUUGGGUCUGUAGAUACAUGUUACUCCUGAGCAUCUGUACCUGACUGUCUACUGAUGAACUAAAACCUACUCUACUGGUACUUGAAACAGAUGAACAGGUGAAAACCUGGGGAAUGUAAUGGGCUAUGAAAUGAACACAUCUGAAAAGUUAGUCUUGACUGGAAAUCAUUUACAAAUCUACUGGUUGGAUCCAUUCCCAGGGGCAUAUAGCACCUUCUGUGUCAAGACGAUUGAUCAAUGAUUGUCAGGGGGUUUCAAGGUUGAUCUUUUACAAAUACUGAAAGUAUGAACUUGGUCUCACAGCUUCUGAUUGUCUUUAAAUAAAAAAAAUGGAGACCCUUUCUUGUCUUACUAUUUUCCUCAUGCCUGAUGUUCAUAUUAUUUUAGACAUAUAACUGACAGAAAUUAGUCCUGGUCUAGAAAUCCUUAUAGUGAUUGUGUUUUUUCAAGUGGCAGGGCCUGUGGUGUUUACGUGCAUUUUAAAUCAGACAUAAAUCUACUGGAACAUGAUUUAAAUGUUUUUCCACUGACACUAAAGGGUUAAACUCACCUGCAUCUGCUCCCUGCGCCGCCUGCAGCCCUUCAGACGUGAGGGCCAAAUAGAGAGUGUGUGUCUGAGUGUGUGAGGGACAGGAAGAGACUGAGUGCAUCUGUAUAUAUAUGUGUGUGUGUGUGUGUGUGUGUGUGUGUGUGUGUGUGUGUGUGUGUGUGUACAGUGUAUUCUCCAGGGUUCAGACACUGCAUAGCGUCAGGAUAUUUUGGAGGCUGUCUGCGGAGCCCGGCUGAAGUGGCAGAGGAGCUGUGAAACAAGGAUGUGUGGGGGAGGGGUCUGCACACCUUUCACUUUCCUGCUCUCACUAUCAGUAAGCUUUGUGUUGUAGAUGCAGCAAUGCUACAUCGCUCAGCAGGGAUGAAUGAGCUGCGUUUCGGAAAAAAUGAAGAAAGUAUAACAAUAUCGUGGUAGUAUGCUGUUGUUCCUCAGAGGCAGAUGGAGCCGCUGGAAUUCAAGGAGAGCUUACAAGGCUUCCUCCAAUGGAAGCUAGUUUACAACAGUGAGGUCCAGGUCACUUAAAGUGCAGAGUAAGUUUUAUACUGUGUGCCCAGUCCUGAAAAUGUCUUUGCUGUUGCCAGGCAACUGUAAUAUCAGCUGUAAAACCUUCCAGGCCCAUACUUAGAGGUGUCUAUAAUGUAUAGGCUCCCACUGUCUUAAUAUUUUAAUCUACACUCUCACACCUUUAACCUACACUUAAAUAUCACACUUUCCAAUUUAAAACCAAAAGUUCACUGCCUACUCUAACAGAGAGAAGUUGUGGCUCAGCAGGUACUCCGUCUCGACUUUUUUACUUGAAAUUUUAAUUCUUGUUACUGCAGUCUGAAUGUCAAAGUAUCACGUGGUGAGACACUGGAACCUGGUAACUCACAAAGGUAUAGUUAUCCGUGUGUAUGAAUGUAUUUAUAGCUGACAACAGUGGACAUACAUGAACAAAAAAUAAGGAGAUAAAAUAACCAUGGUUUUCUUUUAUGGUUAAGACAAUAAGAUGGUUAAACUACAGCUUUAAUAAUAAAUUCAGUGACAACCCACACUUCAUUUAGAAGUGUAAAUGAUUUUAACUUGAUUAUUUUCUCUUUUACUAUUUUCCUCUUCCUCAUUACAUCCUUCUCUCUGUCACUGAUGUUUUUUUAUUUUUAAUGAUUUUCACAGCUCAUGUCAGUUACUAAGCUACAGCUACCAGAGAUGGCAUAAGUUCAAUACAAAUCCAAUUCUGAAGAAAAUCCUGAUGUUCUGUCAAACACUGAUUAAAAAACAGAAUAUUAAAAUUAACUGAACCCCAUACUGAAAUAAUGCAAAGCUAACAUAUCAAAUGUUGGAACUGAAAAUAUUGUUCCAUGAAAAAAAUGUUUGUUUUCAGGUUGAUGUCAGCAACAUAUUUCCAAAAAGUUGAAGCUAAGGCAGGUUUACUAUUGUGUUGCUUCACUUCUUUUAACAACACUUAAAAUGUUUGAGAACGGAGGAGAUCUGCCACUACAUUUUUAAAGAGAAGUUCUCCCAUUCAUGCCUGGUAUAGGAUUUAAGCUGCUCAACAACUCAGGAUCCUCUUCAACUGUGAUAAAGUUACAACCGCACGCGGGCUAGUUUAGCACCAGGACACUUCUACUACAGAGCUAUAAAGUUGCCUUCCGAGUUGUGCAAUUAACCCAUGCUGUGAUUUUAUGCAUCCCUAUACCAUGCUGGAUAUUGAUCGUAUGCUGAUAGCAUAUCAGGUAAUCUCUCUCAUCUUUAGAUCAAUAGAAAUUGUUUCCAUGAUUUCCAAGAAGAAUGUCGUAUUUUAAUUGGUCAGGCUAAAUGACAGUAUUGGAUGUAAAAGUUUAAGUGCUUUGACAACUUAAUAAGAGCUAUCUAACUUAAGUCCAUUUACUAUUUAUGUCAUACAAAAGAUUAUGAGACCCUUGCAGAAAAGGACGACAAGCACAGAGAUGUAUUUUUGUGAAGCAGUAAGUGUUUCAUUAUUCACACACUAUGAAAUCUGCUGAUUAUCUACAUCUGAUUAUUACUCAGGCUCUAUUUUGCCUAUAGUGCUGUGCAUGUAUGUAAAUGUAUGCAUGUGUUUAUGAAUAUCCUGCGGAAACACAGUGGCUUUGUCGCUAAUGGAAGAGGACACCACCUCAGGACGACUGAUUUCAUAUAGCAGGAGAGAGAGAGAGAGAGAUGCAGUUUUUGUGUGAACCCUCUGUAGCACUGAUGACACUGUAAUUUCCGACUCAGUUUAUGAGUUUGUGUUUGUGUGUAAAUCUGUGGUAUACAGUAGUUUUUUUCUGCUCCACUGCAACUCAUUUACCUCAGCAUAACUCCAUUUGCAACACUUACCACACAGAGUGAAAAGAGGGAAAAAGACUUUGUCAAGAGGAGUUUAUAUUCAGGAAGACAAAUAAAUAAGGAAGAAAGAGGAAUUGAUGAGUAGCAUCCUCUGUGGACUCAAGCACUGGCUAUGAUACAUUUCCUCAACCUCUAGCAUAAAAUAUACCAUAAUGCACGUCAGCAACUUUGUGUGAGGGUUGUGUGUCAGUGAUGCUUGGUUCGGAGCAAUUCAACCUUAGUCUUUGAUGCCAAACUGUGUCACAUAUUCCCAUGGCUAUGCUUUUUUAUGUGAGUCCAAAGAGGCUCUUAGUUCAUAAAGCUUUGAUUACUGUGUUUUGAUUCAGAAAUUACACAAUGGAUCUAUAACGCAACUGGCAUUUUAUCUGAAAGUACAGAGUGUUCGUCAGUGAAUCUCUGUCGUCAUGCGCCUCUCAACUCAGCAAGGUUAACAGCCACAACAAUAAAGGCCUGAGCAGAUUUUUAAUGAGUGUUUACCUGGUGUGCACAGGGAUUCCUCUAUUUAACCCUAGAACACUAUCACCAGGUGAUUUUCGCCCGACCAAACAUGUUCACGUAAUUUUCAUUAUGUUGCGUUUGUCUGAGUAUCAUGGGUCCUUGGGUAGCUUCAGUGUUGCCUUCGACAUCUUUGAAGGCAUAUUUGUUUCCUUGAUCCAAAACCCACUUUUUCCUACAGGCAAGUGUUCGGGUGAUUUUCACCCAGCAAUAGUGAUAGAGGGUAAAGUGGGUUUGGUUGGAUUUGAUAGCUGCAUGUAGGUGACUAAGGUCAGUCAGAGUGGUCCUGGAAUUUGCAUGCUAUCUUUAUUUAGCGCAGUGGUUACAAAUAACUAUCACAAGUUUACAGUUCCGAUAUAGGUAUAGUUUUUUUUAAGGAAUUUUUUGUUCAUGAAUGCCUAAUUUCAGUUAUUUUGUUGCAUUUCUAUAUGGUCCCUUUAUGGCACUUUUUUCACUUCCUUUGGAUAUUGUACAGUUAAAAAUGGAAGAAAACUAGUUUGAUUUGCCAUGUGUUGUCCUAUUUUGAUAUAUUUUAAUGACAAAUACUUUUUCUUGGGUAUAUUAUUUCAGGUAAAAAUCACCCGGUGAUAGUGAUGGUGUUACUCAUUUUAGUGAUAGUGUUCUAGGGUUAACACUCAAUAACUCCAGCUGAAUUUAUUUCUUAAGACGUGCAGCCAUCAGCCAGAACACAGCUAGGAUAGCUACAGGUUUAAGUUUGUCAGAGUUUCCUUUUUUUUUUUUUCAAUCAACAGGCUCAGAUUUUUGCUCAAACAUAACUCAUCAGUUUUUGAGUUAAACAAAACUCCUUCACUUAAAGUUGAAUUUGGAAUUUAGACCAGAAACCAAGGUUACAUGCUUCCUUAAUUAUGACAGGACAUAAAGAUCGUUCUGCCUCACAGACUUCUCUCAGAUUUUGUUAUUUGCUUUUCUAUGUGGGAGUUUGUUCAGUUUUUUAAAAUUUCUUCAGGUGAAAUAAGUUUCACAGCAGAAGGUUUUUCAGCAUCUCCGUUUGCUGAGUAAGUCUUAUUUCUUCUGUCGCCCAUCACUUCAUGUUGUCGGCUGGAUUCGAACAUAAAGAUCUCUCCUGCUGCAGGUUAUUUUAUAUGACGUGUCAUGUGAAGCCUCUUUUUUAUGAGGAAGUGGGUCAGGGAGGUGGAAGAGCCUCAGAAUAUUUGGCAGGAAAGUCAUUAAGUUUGACCUAAGGGCCUGGUGGAUUAUGGGAUGCUACAGUGCAGCGAAAUCAUGGACACACACACAUGCGUAAGCACACACUCACACAGGACCAGAUCCACAAAUACAAGUACACACACAAACAGUGACACAGGUCAGCAAAGGUCCAUGGCAAAGUUUGACCGAAGCUGGCAGCUUGUGUGGGCGUGGUCAAGAGCAGGCUGUUGGUUUAUGUGUGUGUGAGCUUGUGCAAUUUAAGGCUGUGUUUAUGUGUGUAAAUGUGCGUGUGUGUGAUCAGAGGUCCUGCAUGUGUUAAGGACAGGCCUGCUAACUAGGCCAACAGCUGCUUCCCUGGCAAUUCAUCUCCAGUCAGCUUUGAAGCCCUUUUUUCCUAUUAUUACAACACAACACGGGACAUUUUGCAUUUUAAUGAAGCUCAUAUUUUAGUGUGCUGCCCAUCACACACAUGGACACACACCGCAGUUACAACAAUGUGCACAAACACACAUCAUCAAAACCUUUUUUUGUGGAGAGAAUUAAAAAUACAAGUGUCCAGGUGUCCGCUCCAAGCCUGCUGUAUGUGUUAUGUAUUCAAAUAGAUGCAGCAUAUUCAGCUGAGCGUGUGUGUGUGUCUGUGUGUGUGUGUGUGUGUACGUGUGUGCAGUGUGGGUGGUUAUGAUCAUGCACCACAGAAAUUAGUCUUUGUUUAAAUUCAGACAAGCUGCCUCCCUGUCCCUCCAUUACCUUUCAUGCGAGUGUGAGGUGUGUGUGUGUGUGUGUGUGUGUGUGUCUCUGUCUUUACUUUGAUGGUGGACAGAAGGCGUGUUUUCUCGUUCAAAGAGAUCCUCUGUUUCUUUUCUCUUUGGUUUAGUUGAUCUCAAACGAAAGGAAGAAGAUUUCAGGACAAGAGGCUGUAACACACACACACACAUGCACACACACACACGCACUCGCACACACACACUCAUGCACCUUCCGUCUCCUUCUUCCUGACACACUCUGCUAUUUCCUCGUCUCUUCCUGCCUCCGUCCAUCACUCUGACACACACAGCGAGGUGCACCGAAGCGAGGCUGAGCACACAGCUGUGAACAAACCCAGAGGCCUGCGCGUCUGUGUGUGUGUGUGUGUUUGUGUGUGUGUGUGUGUGUCUUUGACAGCCUGGACCUCUGAGACAACACAAGGCGUAAACAGGUCAGCAUGAGAACGGGGGCAUUGUGAGUGAAGGGUUACAUGAGAGGUGGAGUAAAAAGGUUAAUCCGAAUAGUCGUCAGUUUUCCCUUGAAUGAGAAGAUCCUGCACCUACAUACUCUCUGUCUCUCUCGCUUUCUCUCUCUCUCCCUCUCACACACAUGCAUAUGCACGCACAGAUGAGUGGUUAAGCUGUGUUUGAGGCUUGAUAAAUGACCACAGUCAGUGGUCAGCCUCUUUUCCUCUCCAGCUGCUCCGCCACAUGCUCACUUUGAGUUGUACAGCAUGUACAGCAGGCCUUGUGUUCUGGCGCAUGAGCUGGUGCAAAGGCAGCUGGUUGUUCUGCAGCAGCGUGUUCACUAAGAGUGUGUGGUAAAACAUCAUAGAAGUCUGAUUUUAUAGCACAGAUUUUCACUGAUGAUGCACAAAAGUAAGACACAAUGGAAAGUGGUAAAACAUCUGUGCAUGUCAAAGAUAUAAACAACAUGGACAAGUUUGCACCCCUUUGAUAUCCAUGUAGUCUGAGGUCAAAAGCAAGUUACCGACCUUUGAAAUUUGUAUGUAUAUAUAUAGUCUGUUAUAUUCAUUAGAAGCUCCUAUUGAAUCUUCUAUCCUGCAUUUGUAAAAUGUGAAGCUUAAAAAACACUAUCUUUUGCAUCUUUGUCACAUCAGUAAAAAUGCUACUCUUGUCAAACCCAGUUGGCAAGAUUUGAUGGUGGAAAAUAAAGCAGAUGAAAACCUGCAAAAGUUGCAGUUCCAUGAGUGUCCACUUGAGGCUGGUUGCAACAGGCAAUAACUCCCCAUUGUUUCCUAUUCAAAAUGCCUAUUUUUACAACAGAAAUAAACAUACUUUUCACCUGGUUUUAACACAGUGUUAAGUAGAGCUGGGUGACCAAGAGAAAAUUUAUAGAUACCGAAAUUUACGACAAUAACCGACGUCAUUUUGCCUAUUUUGGUAUGUUCAGUGUCAAAAAAACAAAUAAAUAAAAGUUGGUUUUGGAUGUGUGUAGGUAGGCUAUGGUCUCAUGUCUCUUUAAGACGCUGUCCUACAGAGACGUGACUUCACCCCAAGUUAAUGUGGGGGUGGGGGGUGGUUGGCAGCUUGUGGAGUAGUUAGCGUCCAUUUAUCGUUAUUGAGAUGAACUGCUCAGUAUAUAGUGAUAUUGUUUUGAGGCCAUAUCAUCCAGCCCUAGUCUUCAACUUGUGGCUUAUUGAAAUAGCAACCAUACAUUAAAUAUCUUAACAUUUGUUAAUGAGCAAAGCAUAAAUUUGCACAGUAGGUAGUAUGUAUAUAUCUGACAAAUGAUAAGACCCCCUGCUGUGAAACAGCAUCAGCCUCACAGUUUAGUCCAGUCUGAAUAAAUACAUUAAUAUCUCUCUUCACGGCGCACAGACAGUUUGGGAAAUCUGUGUGAGAUGUGUAAAAACACAAACAGCUUGUUUGACAGAUAAUGAGGAACUGUCCUCCCAUUUCAAACUCAGCUGACAUCUGUAUCUCCCUCCAGCUACAAAGAAACAGCUGCUGGCAGUGGAACAGCAGAAAUCACCAGGAGUUUAGACGACAGUGUAAUUAUGUGUGUGGUGUGAAGUGACAAUAUUUGGCAAAGCUGGCUCUUUUCCUGCAAACUGCCACAUCAGUCUGAAAAUGUGCAGCUGUGAUACUGAAAGGGUCAAGACUGAAGGCAGAUUAAAAACCAGCCUUUACUUUUCUUCUUGUCAUCUUGGCAGAUUCACAUUUACAGUUGAUGGUUCCUUUAAAACUCAUUCAUUCCUACCUGGAUGCAUAGGAUUUCAAAACAGACAUUUUGUAGGAGGCAUAUAUUCAGACACACUGACAUAUUUAUAGUAACUGUCACAAAAAGUCUGGACAUGAGAGGAUGAUGGGUAAAGGGAAGUGCUGCCAGUGGCUGCCCAUCGAGUGAGGGAUUAACGUGGAUGGACAGAAAGUGAAGGUCUUGUGUAGUUCAGUCAGUGAAGCAGAUCAGAGUGAGCAGAUAUACCUCUCACUGAGAGAGUGUGUGUGAGGGAUAUAGCAAAUAGUUGGCUGAGAUGGUUUAAGCGACCAGGUACACACAUAAAGUCACAAACAGAUUUUAAAGUGAGUGCUGGCAAAGAUUUUAAUUUUGAUUUUAAUUUCUGUUUUCCUUUGCAGCUCUGAUAUCUGCCGGCUGCUGCACCAACUCCUGUAGAAGUGUAAAACUUUGGGACAGGUGAGUACAUGCGCACACUAUGGAGCAACCACACAUCUGCAACCUCAACUUCAGAAAAAUUAGGAUGCUUUGGAAAAUGUUAUUAAAUCAGAUUUUGACAGUAAGCACUAUUCUAUGAAAUACUAUGGAAAAAAAAUGACUCUAGAGUGAAAAUUUAACACAUGAACUUGAAAUUACUCCAAAAUAUCACUAUCUGUGAGCAGUUUGUUGUUACAUCUACAAACACAGACUAAAACUGCAAUGCAAAAGGAAACCAUAUGUAAGCAUGAUCUAGAAACGCAAAAACUUAACUGGCCUGUGCCCAUUUAAGAUGGACUGAGAUACUGAGAUGUCCUGUCCUGGUCUGCAACAGCGUGGCUCUGUAGUAGAAGAGUUCUGGUGCCAAACUGACCUUCCUGCAGUCCUGACUUGUCACAAGUUGACAACAUGUGGCACAAUAUGAAACUGAAAAUAUGAAAAACAACUCAUUGAAUUUGGUUAUAUGUUAAUUCCUAAACUCCAGAUACUGGUCUCCUUGGUCCCUAAAUAAGGGUAUGCCAGUGAAGCUGACCUGCCAUACAGUGUCCCAAUGUUUGUUAAAAUUAGGACCCAAAAAUGUUGUUUUCUUCUGGCGAUGCAACUAAGAAAAUAGUCUCUUAAUUGUAAUAAUUAUGUUACAAUUAUCUAUCAGAAGUACAUUUCUUUACCGACAGAGAUGGCAAAAUAACGUGUUAUGUUGAUGACAAUGAUACAUUGUGAUAUGUUGGACAGCAAACUAACAUUUUGUCUGCAGAAGUCUGCAAAAGUUUACAAAAUAGUGGUUUAACAUGCAGAAAAACAAAGAAGAAAAAAAACUCAGACUACAUGUAAAUAAUAAAAUAAAAUAAAAAGGGAAGAAAUAAAAGCUGUGAUGAGUGUCACAUGAGCUGAGACGUCAUUAAAACGAAGACAUUAAAACAAAGACAUCAUAAGAACCCAUAAUGUUCCAACUCUAUGUCUACAGAGAAAUUGGAAAAAAACAGAUAUAGUGUGGAACCAAGGCUUAAGGCCACCUCAGGCCAAUCAGAUAAAACUCAGAUUCCCAGAAACCCCUGAGGAUGUGAGCUUUAUGUCCUCAGUGGUGACUGCCCAACACAAGAGGCAAUUUUUAGUAAAGGUGGCUUCCGGUAUAGAAAAUGUCAAAGUGUGCGUGUGUGUGUGUGUGUAGGUGUGAUUGUGUGGCUGUUUGUGUGUGUUAAUAUGAAAGGUCAGCCUGGCGUGACCCCUGCUUUAAUGCACUGGCCACGGGGUGAGUGAUGGCACCAGGUUAAUAUUUAAUGAUGAAGCAGUUCCUAAUGGAGGAAUAAAUCAGCCUCCAUCUUCACCUGGAGUGGACAGAUCUGUGCUUUCUGCUGAGCACAGGCUACACACACACACACACACACACACACACACACACACACACACGAGUCUUCAUGCAGUAAUGGCACUUUUUCCUUCUUGUCUUUCAGCUUUGAUGCCUCCUGACCAUGACAUGCCUCUUGAUUCGAUGCUGCUUUGAAAACACAAACCCUGGAGAGGAAAGAGGAGCGUUAUGAGCAGGACGGAUGGAGGAACAGACGAGUGGAUAGCUGCAUAACUGUAUGAUUAUGGGAUUUGAGAUCAAGCAGUAAGGAUGCAGAUAAGUGCGAAAAGGCAACAAAGAGGCAAAACAUUGGAAACACUUGAACACUCUCUCUGCCCUGUCUGCUGCUGCUGCUGCUGCUGCUAUGCAUUACCUGUGGACCACCAGAAAAGACUGAAUGUCAUUGAUCGGACAAGCAGAGGCUGAACUCUGCAUCGCCAAAACAAAGAGGAGAAAAUGAAUAAGACAGCUGAGAAGCGUUGUGUUGCCAACUAAAAGUCCUACCUCUUUGGAAAGACACCUUUUGGAUGAAUGAGUGAAACUGAACAUGAAGGAGUAGCUUCUCAUGCUAACCGUGGAGAUUACAGCCCUUUCUCUACACACUGAAACACCAGUAAAUAUUUGAAAACUUAGUACCCAACACAAGAGGAUGGUAACUUCUUUUUCAAAGAUGCUGCGGGCCUGGAAUAAAAGCACAAAAUUACUCACUAAGACAAGAUUUACUAAAAGAAAAGGAUAAUAGGGUUUUAUUAUAGCAGAUUGAAGCAUUGUUAUUUAGUAUUUAUAAAAACAAUGAACUCAAAUUCGCAGCAGACGUCUGGUAACACAACAAUCAAGAUCUGGUGGGGCAAGAAACACAAAAUGUCCAAUACACAGAUAAUAUAAAAGCAGUUUAGCUUGAUCUCAUUCAAUCAUUUCAUUUGAAGCCAACUUAGAGAGUCUCAGUCAACUAAAUUGCACCACAAUUUUUCACUACUGUUGAAACAUAAACGUACAAAGUUGUUAUACUUUUAGUAAAAUGUACCAGUCAAAAGAUGAAAAAGAAGAAAAAAAAGGAGUGGUUUUAUUGUAUUGAGUUUUGGAUGUUAAAAAUGACAAAAAAAAGGAUACUAUUUAUCAUAUCACAGGAGAUUAUUGUCAUAUAAGGCCACUUCAUCUGUUGCUUCAGUGAUGGGAGGGGGGAUCAGUUGGCUGCAUGAAAUACAAAAGUCAGAAGAUGGAGGAUAAUAAAUUAUUUUUUGUGUACGUUUUUUUUUUUCAUAUUAAAAUUUCAGUAACACUUGACCUGACACCUAUCUCUUUAACGCAUUAUAAAUAUAUGUAGAAUGCGUUAUAAUCCCGUUAUAGCGCUGUAUAACUAUAGUUAUAAACACUCAUAAAUGAUCAUAAUGCUUUAUAGCAAUAAUCAACACAUUAUAGAGCAUUUUAUCAUGACAUACAAGGUCAGGGAUUAUAAUGUGUUAUGCUUAUUGUCUGUGAGUUGUUAACAGUUAUAACACAUUAUAAUACCUGACUUUGUAAGUCAUGAUCAAAUACUUUAUAUGUUAUGAUUAUUGCUAUAAAGCAUAGUGAUCAUUUAUGAGUGUUGUAACUCUAGUUAUACAGUGCUAUAACAUGAUUAUAACACAUUAUACAUAUAUUUAUAAUCUGUUAUAGAAAUAGACGCCAAAUAAAGUGUUACAAAAUUUUUUGAUGGUCUAAUAUCUUUCAUGCAUCAGAUAGGCUUCCUGUCCUCAAGGACUAUCACUGAUAUUCUGACAGGAAGAGUGAGCAAGGGAGCAUUUCACGCCAGAAUCUGACCCCCAGAUUUUGUGCAGUAGUCAAGUUUCUUCACAAUGUACCUUUAAAAAAGAUGCAAUGGUUUGAUCAAGUGACCAAGGUUAGCAGAGCUUUGUCAUUGAUAAGAAAUAUUCAAAGCAACAGACAGCUCUUGUGAAAGAGGUUCAUGCUGUUAUUUGCAAAUUAGCAUUACUUCAGCAUAGAAGUGACCAAAUUGAAUACAUCACCAAGCAGUUUCAUAAAACCUGGCUCGGCUCUUGUGUUUCUUUGCCCGUCAGAUUUUUUGUGUGUGUUGCUUUCUCGAUCAGAGCCAAAAUGAGUCUGCACCAAAUAGUUUUCAUCUCAGAUUUGCAAAACCUAAAAUUAAUUUUGCAAGCAGAAGUACUGAAAAAGUGAAGAUUUUCAAUUUCCAGGCUUCCUGUUAGUGAAAUUUCUGUCAUAUGCAGCAGCUGAUUAAUUAUCUUUCUUGACUUUUUUUAAUGAGAAAUAAGCUAACAUUUGAUAAUUCCUGUUCAAAGUUCGCAAUGUGAGUCAUGAUAGAAAAAAUAAGUGGUGUCCUCGACUUGAUGUCACUAACUUACUCUCUGUUUGAAUUUAUGAGCACGUGGAAAUUUCAGAUUUGAAACAGCAGGUACCAGCACAGCAAGCAUUUACCUUUGGAUCAAAAUAAGCUAACAGAAAAGCUAACAGUCGACAGUAGCUUCUGUGGCGUUAUCAGGCACAUACCCGAGAGGCUGUACUCUAAAAGAUUACAGAGAGAAAAUGAAGGUUUGAUGUGUUUGAGAAAUUUCAAUAUGUUCCUGUUUAGAAGAGGAGAAAAGUUUUGCUCAUUUUCUGCUCCCCGUUCUGAUUUUGUGGAAAGAUCCGUUCCUGUACUGACAGUGUUAUAGUAACCUUAACCUUGUGUCAGCGUUCAGUCAUACAUAUGGUGCUGUGUGUGAGUGCGUGUGUGUGCGCGUGCGUGCGUGCUUGUUGUUUUCCACGCUCCCAGGUAUCUAGACACAGACAACAUGCUCUUCCAUCAUUUUAUCACAGCAUGUUAAAGAGAUGUGAGGCUGCAGAUGCCAGAAGACACACAGAGCGAGGAAGCACAGUGGAAAUCUAGCAAUGCUAUUUUUAGACUUUCUCAACGUUGGUGCUUCGAGGCUGAAAAACAAAACCUCUUAAAUCACACAGUAUUUUCUUUUCUCUAAAUUUAAGGAUGAGUAUUGGUACAGGGCUGCCUGAUGCAAGGAGAAUAGUGUGCUUUUUCAACACUGCUUUAAAUUCCUCUGAAUUAAACUUAUUUGCAGUCCAAAGGGAAGGUAUCAUUUAAAGUGAGCAGGUUGUUAAUAAGGGGAGCAGGACCCUGACACAAAGCUGAAGGGUCCUCUUUCAUUUUCAAGGGGUUUCUUGGACAAGCCUGAACCAAUUCUGGAUGGCUGUGAUCUUGCACUGCAUUAAAACAAACAUGACUUUGUAGCGGAAGUACUUUCAAAAACCAUUUACAGUUAAUCAAUGAUUUUGCACUAUAUGUUGAUUUGUAGUAGUGAAAUGAUUGAAAAUCUUACGAUAGAAAUAUUCUAUUUCACCCACAAUCACAUCAAUGAUAAUGGUCAACUCCUAGAAGCUCCUAAAAUGAGUGAAACUAGCUAUGGUAACUUAUUGAAGACUGGACAAUUCAACAUUUCUGGUCAAUAUUUGUAGAGUUAGUCCUUACGAGUCUGUGAUUAGAGUCAGUCCUUGAUAGACUCUGUCUCUGUAAAUUUGACGCUCAAAUAUCUGAAAUGACACAGACCUGUCCUUUUUUUAUAACAGUAUAUUUUCUUUCCAAAUGUGCUCAUUUUAACCAGGUUUCAAACUGCUUAUACACACAGAUGAUUAAAUAACUAGCCUCACAGCUGACAUUAUUGUCAUGGUUGUCACAGUUGAUACUGGCCAUAACCGUUUGUCAACAAAUUGAUCAUCUUCCAUGAAAAAAUGUGCUGCUCUUCACAGAUGGAAAAUAACUUAAAUAUCACGAGUUACAUGAAAUAUUAACUAUCUGUCCAACCAUUUUUCAUUCAGUUUAAGUUGUUGAAAAUGUACUUGUGCUUCAUGGUUUUAAACUGCAUUUUUUACAUUGACAUCAGAGCCUCUUCUUCCCGUGGGUGUUUUAUUGGAGACUUCUUGGAUUUAAUGAUGAAAUGCUCCCACUCACAUACACGUACCUUCCAAACUGUUUUUUUUUUUUUUUUUGCUUUGCUUUCAAAGAGAAACUGGAGUUCACUAAAGGCCCAGGCAUACCAAAUCCAAGGUCGAGAAUUAACCGGAAAUGACUCACUGACUUUGAAAAGCAGCGACUGAUAUUGAUGUUGAAAAUAAGUUUGAAACUGUCCGUUAGAGAUCCAGCACAGCCGCUGUGAUCAGUGACAGCUAAGCUUGGUUUCAGCAGGAUCAGCAUCAGUACUAAUGACAUCUCCAGAGAUGUCUGUCCUUACCAGAAUAUGGGAAGUAAUUUAUGCCUGAAUGUUUACUUUCUCUUCCAAUGCUGCGUUUGCUUAGUUUCCUCCCCAAGAUGAAUUGACAAAGAGGUGUUGUCCUGAUUUAACUGGAUACCUGGAUGUGUGGAAAUUAUGGCAUCUUACUUGACGCACACACAGUGGCUCUCAGUACUCAACACAUACAGACAUACAAACAUGUACAUUUAACCCAAUCCAUCCUGUAUAACCUCUUCACCCUGUGAGUUUUUUUUUAGAUUUGGUGACUGAUUAAACAAGACCAGAAAUCUAAUAUAUUAUCAAAGACAUAUUAUGUUUUUAAAAGUCAAGAGUAGUAUAUCUGCUUAGUUUUAUAAAUAUAUAACUACAGUUAUUAUUUUUGACUUCUUGGUAUUAUAUAACUAAUUAUUAUAACCAGAGAUGUAUGUAUAAGCUAAUAAAGUGUCUUUAUGUAAAAAUGA